CAGGUCACGCAGUCAUCUGUCUGAAUUUCAACCCUCCCUGCUACAAUGAGUAAAGCCUCGUCUGGCCCAAAAGCUGGGCGAGAAGGCACAACUCAGGUAAGGUGACGUUAAUGUAUUCUAUGAAAUCUCGCUGAAGGCUAUGACAUAGACUGGGGAUAUGAAUCCAACUGCAGGGUGACACAGACAGAAGGGAGCAAUGAGAUACGAAGUCUGUCUCUCCCACUGCAGGGUGACACAGACAGAAGGAGCUAUGGGAUACGGAAUCUGUCCCUCCCACUGCAGGGUGACACAGACAGAAGGAGCUAUGGGACACGGAGUCUGUCCCUCCCACUGCAGGGUGACACAGACAGAAGGAGCUAUGGGACACGGAGUCUGUCCCUCCCACUGCAGGGUGACACAGACAGAAGGAGCUAUGGGACACGGAGUCUGUCCCUCCCACUGCAGGGUGACACAGACAGAAGGAGCUAUGGGACACGGAGUCUGUCCCUCCCACUGCAGGGUGACACAGACAGAAGGGAGCUAUGGGACACGGAGUCUGUCCCUCCCACUGCAGGGUGACACAGACAGAAGGAGCUAUGGGACACGGAGUCUGUCCCUCCCACUGCAGGGUGACACAGACAGAAGGAACUAUGGGACACAGAGUCUGUCCCUCCCACUGCAGGGUGACACAGACAGUAGGAGCUAUGGGACACAGAGUCUGUCCCUCCCACUGCAGGGUGACACAGUCAGUCAGAUAGUAGUAAUAAUAUUAAUAACCAUAAAAGCAGUAAUAAUAUUAUAGCAGUAAUAUUAAUAGCAGUAAUAGUAAUAAUAAUAACAGUAAUAAUGAUAUGGUGUGAGGGGAUUUCAGCUAGGCCCAAAAUUAAGUAGGCCUAAAAUCUCCACAUGGCAUUUAGAAGUACAGGUAUCUGUUGUAUCUGUUAGUUACAUGUAGCUAAGAUACCGUCAUUAAUGUACUGAGCAUGUGCAAGAACUGAAACCACAUUCCAUUCUCCUAAAAGGGCCGUUGCCUGUCCAUAUAAGGUGAUCCUGUGUAUCCUGUUUGCAGAUUGGUGUAAGGGUACAGAUGGGGGAUGCAUAGCUUAUAAAAAGCCUCUACUCCAUGUGCUCAGGGAUCAGACAUUUUGAACAGGAGUUCAGCUGAGACCUGAUCAGUGAGAAUAAAGACCUUUACUUCCUGAAAAGACCUGUGUCCGGGACUCUCUGUGCGUGGCUUCCUCAGUGUUUCCCUGCAACAGUGGGAUAAGGAUGUUGUGGAUCAAAACAAGUGUUCAAUUAUUUGAAUAUCUGCCCCUGUCCAAAUUAUUAAAAAUAAUUGCGUGCACGCUCUGAAGUAAAUCACACCAUACACAAGUUUGCAGGUUAAUGAAAAUCUUCGUAAUCUUUACUUAGGAGCCCCUUAUAAAGACAAGAAUACAUCAUAUGCAAAACUGUAGAUAACAGUAAGAAUACAUCUUUAAUUGGUUGUGUUUUAUCUAAUGUACAUCCUAAAAGGCGUGAUGUCACCAUCUUCCCGGGAUUUUACUCCGGAUACAGGCGCUAUCUUGUUACACGAGGUAGUUAGUCGUGGGGAGGGGUUGCUCUAGCCGCCAUUUUGAGUAAAUAUUGAAUACAGGUAUAUAGAGUAAAUAGACACUGUUUUUUUUUUGACACUGUUGCACAUAGAAGGCUUAUCAAUAAACUGGAAUCUUUAAAAGGAAACUAUAGUGCCAGGAAAACAAACUCGUUUUCCUGGCACUAUAGCUUCCCCCUCUGUCAAGGCCUAUUAUUCAAUGCUUUCCUAUGGGGAUUCCAUUGGCACUGGAAGUCCUCAUGCAUUAUGUGAGGACAUCCAGCGUAGUUUAGGUGACAACAGUCGCCUAUCCACCCAGAAGUCCCUCUGGUGGCUGUCUGGUAGACAGCCACUAGAGGAGGAGUAAACCAUUGCAGGUAAUUAUUGCAGUUUUUCCAAACUGCAAUAAUUACAUCUCAGGGUUAAGGGUGAUGGGAGCUUGCACCCAGACCACUUGAAUGGGCUGAAGUGGUCUGGAUGCCUACAGUGCCCCUUUAAGUUUGGAUUCCAAUAUUGUUGAAUGGGUAAGGCAGUUGAGAGGCAACAGAGGGUUGUAGUCAAUGGAGUAUAUUCAAAGCUUGGGCUCGUCACCAGUGGGGUACCUCAGGGAUCUGUACUUGGACCCAUUCUCUUUAAUAUUUUUAUUAGUGAUAUUGCAGAAGGUCUUGAUGGUAAGGUAUGUAUUUUUGCUGAUGAUACUAAGAUAUGUAACAGGGUUGAUGUUCCAGGAGGGAUAAGCCAAAUGGCAAAUGAUUUAGGUAAACUAGAAAAAUGGUCAGAAUUGUGGCAACUGACAUUUAAUGUGGAUAAGUGCAAGAUAAUGCAUCUUGGACGUAAAAACCCAAGGGCAGAGUACAGAAUAUUUGAUAGAGUCCUAACCUCAACAUAUGAGGAAAGGGAUUUAGGGGUGAUUAUUUCUGAUGACUUAAGGUAGGCAGACAAUGUAAUAGAGCAGCAGGAAAUGCUAGCAGAAUGCUUGGUUGUAUAGGGAGAGGUAUUAGCAGUAGAAAGAGGGAAGUGCUCAUGCCACUGUACAGAACACUGGUGAGACCUCACUUGGUGUAUUGUAUGCAGUACUGGAGACCGUAUCUUCAGAAGGAUAUUGAUACCUUAGAGAGAGUUCAGAGAAGGGCUACUAAACUGGUUCAUGGAUUGCAGGAUACAACUUACCAGGAAAGAUUAAAGGAUCUUAGCAUGUAUAGCUUGGAGGAAAGACGAGACAGGUGGGAUAUGAUAGAAACAUUUAAAUGCAUAAAUCAACACAGUAAUAGAGGAGACUAUAUUAAAAAGAAAAACGACCACAACAAGAGGACUUUACUGAGAGAAUAGUGGAUGCAUGAAAUAGCCUUCGAGCUGAAGUGAGGGAGUUUAAGCAUGAGUGUGAUAGGCAUAAGGCCAGGGACUUAUUGAAGUAUUUUGAAAUAUUGGGCAGACUAGAUGGGCAGAAUGGUUCUUAUCUUCCGUCACAUUCUAUGUUUGUAUAUUAUAACAGUAAUAAUAGUAGCAGUAAUAAUAAUAGCAGGAAUAAUGACAUGGGAUAAGGAAACCAGCAGUUAUAAUAUUAUAAUAGAAGUAAUGAUAACAUGGAAUAAGAAAAGCAGUAAUAAUAAUGUCUAAUGUUUUAUAAACACUUAUCUGUCUAUAUCUCUUACAGUCCAUGCAUAGAACAUCCAAGUCUCGUGCAGAGAAGUCCCGUAUGACAGCAGUACCCGUGCAGCCCCCAGUUACCGUGGAGAUAGUGCCAGGUCGUCUCACGGAGGAGGACUGGGUAUCUGUGGUUACUGGGCAAGAUGGAGAAAAAUGUGUGUUAGAGAUUCUGGACUCUGUACUGAAACGUGUGAUGGACCAGUGCCACAAGGUUUACCUGGGUCGGCAGGUAAAUGGCAUCUUCAUGGGCAAGAUAUGAACAUGUCCCUUGUUCUGAACUGUUAUGUCUCUGCUCCGAUGUUCUUUGUUACUGAUACUUUCCUCUAUAGCGCUGGCAGAAUCGUCCAGAAGCUGGCAUUUCUCCCUGUGUGGGGCUGCUUCAUAACCAUUAGUGUUUAUGGUGUAUAAAUAGCCCACUAAUAUGCCAUUAAUUGUCAUUCGUUUCAGAUGAUUCCGUACACCAUUAGCCAAGCCAAAAAUGCAAUGAUACAGAUUGUUGAAUGGACAUUUGUUCCUAGAGAUGAAGGAGAAAACAACCUGGAAAUGGAUAUAACUUGGCAAGACCACCAAGAACCCCAUCCUUCUCCUAGUGAAUCAUGGGCACAGGGAUGUGUACCAGUCAGUCAAAUACCACCACCCCCUCGCUCCAGUGAUAAACAGGUAACAAUUAUGAGAUAUUCCCAAAAAUGUUUGAGUCAUACUACUGAUAGUCCUCCUCUGUGAGCAGACCUGACACUUAUAUAUCCCACCAUCCCAAAUCAGUCUAAUACUGACUGUGUCCACCUGUGCUCUCACACCGUCCCAAAUUAGCUUUCUGCUGACUGUAUCCUCCUACAAUCUCUUCCACUAUCCCAAAAGCAGCCUACUACUGAUUGUGUCAUCCUGUAAUCCCUCCAUCCAUCCCAAAUCAGCUUCCUGCUGGUUGUAUCCACCUACAAUCUCUUCCACUAUCCCAAAAUCAGCCUACUACUGAUUGUGUCAUCCUGUAAUCCCUCCAUCCAUCCCAAAUCAGCUUCCUGCUGGCUGUAUCCACCUACAAUCUCUUCCACUAUCCCAAAAUCAGUCUACUACUGAUUGUGUCAUCCAUCCCAAAUCAGCUUCCUGCUGGCUGUAUCCACCUACAACCUCUUCCACUAUCCCAAAAUCAGCCUACUACUGACUGUCUCCACCAAUAAGCCCUUCCAUUAUGCCAAAUUGGCAUUACUUUUACUUUCACCACCAUUAAUUCGUCUCACUAUCCCAAAUCAGCCAUGCUCAGGCUAUCUCCACCAAUAAUAUCUCCCUCCAGUCCAGUUUAGUAUUAUACACCGUGAUUCUAUCCAUUUUAGCAUUAUAUACAGUUAUUUGGUCCAGUUUAGUCUUACACUGAUGAGCCACAACAUUAAAACCACCUGUGUAAUAUUGUAUAGGUCUCCCUUGUGCUGCCAAAACCGCAAAAUGAUGCAUCAAGGCAUGGACUCCACAAGACCUCGGUACAUGUCCUGUGGUAUCUGGCACCAAGACAUUCACAGUAGGUCCAUAAAGUCCUGCAAGUUACAAUUUGGGGCCUCCAUUGAUCAGAUUUGUUUUUUCAGCACAUCCCACAGAUGCUCAAUUUGAUUGAGAACUGGAGAAUUUGUAUUAAAUUAGUUUUUAUUAAUCCAACCAUUGCAUGCAACACAUGGUUCCCUUCUCAAAGGAGAAAUGACAUGUAAAGCAGUACCAUCUUUUAAGAACAAGUAACUGAUACAAAGUAUCCCAUAAUUGGUGAGUUGUAAUGGGUGUAUGAAUCACCAUGCUAAUCCAUCAACAUUAAACAUAUCCCAAGUAAGGAAUAAACAGACAUGCAGUGUUACAUGCAAUUUCACCGGCGGAAGGUCGCCGGCUCCAUAGGUCGAAGGUUCUUCCUGCAAUUUCUCCAUUACAGGGCCAACCACCUUCCAUGACCUACAGAUGUGAAUGAGUGUUCCUCGUUCUUCCCUACAGCGCCAACAGAAAUCUGGCACAGUUGGGUCAUGCCUGUGUGAAGCAGUUGGGGUCAGUUACCAUCUUGAGAGGAUUGUGUACGAAUUUUCCUGCACACGUGCUAACAACAGUGAUUUUUCUUAAAUUAAAACAAGCAUCUUGUCCCAUUCCGUCUCUGUAAACAUCUGCUGGAGGUCUUCCUCCCAGUUCCGAUAUACACGGAGGUGGUAACAAGUAGCAAUUCGCCCCCAGCACAUUAUAGAUUGCUGAGAUGCUUUUGGGAGCCAUUGAGUCUUUCAAGCACAUAUUCUCAAAACCGGUCACAUGGUUUCAGUGGUAUUGAUGAAAUGUAUCGGGCAAUCUGCAUCAUUGCCAUUGAGUGGAGUAGCGUUUGAUUCGUAUCAGGUAAGAGUUCUGCCACCGAUUGAACUGCUCCCCCCUGCCCCAGUAUGUCUCUCACUCGGGGAUGGAAAUUCCAACAAUUUCCCACUGGUGCUCUGUAUGCUGGUCGGGAAGUCAUGGUUGCCUUUCAAUGGGAGCAGUGGGCUCGGUUCUGUAGUCAGAUAAUGCUUGAGACCAUAUCGGUGCCAGAGGGUCAGUCGUUUUCACAAAUGGCUUGGGGGCUGCAGCCCGGCUUCCCUCCCCUCUUUAAUACAUCGGAUCAAAGAUCCAAGUGUAUGCUGUCUGAUUCUAGCUGAAUCCAUUUCCACUACGUUAAUCGUCUAGCUGAGGAUCACCUAGACUGGGUACCUCCGUUGACGUAUACUCCUAGUGCUUUCCGAGGGCUCCUAGUGCUUUCCGAGGGCUCCAAGCACUCCACUUGACACCAUAAGCACUCCAGACCCCACGAACCGCCGCAGCUUGGUUGGGGUCUCGCUCUCUCCUACCCAUCCUGGACCUACGACAAGGUUCCAGUGGGUGAACCUCUCUUUCCCCAGAGAGUGAAGCAAGAACAGGAGCAAACUCUAACAAGAGCUUAGUGAUUAUUCAAGGGAGUAUGAAGAGCAUAGCAAUCCCUUGUAGCAGAUUCCCCCCAAUAAGAGACAGGACUCUAGAUUGAGGUGAAGUAGAACUGAAGGUUUAUUGCCACAGCCUGGAAUAUAUACAGUUUUUCAGACCAGAGGCAUACCCCCUGAACCUGAUGGAAAACAGGGACAAAUGGAACAUAAACCAAGGGGAACAAUAAUUAGCACUGUAACAUUCCCACAUACAAUCAGCAAUCCCUCCCCUCUGCCUGUGAUAUAAUUAAGGUAGCUAAUGUACUAACUUAAUUAUCCACAGGCAGAAAACACACAUUUUUACCCAAAGUACAGAAACACCCCAAAACUCCAACAUAUCCCCAUAAAUUAUCCCUGGAUAGCCCUGAUAUGGGUGAACAACAUAUCCAAAAAUCACCCAGAUCAGAGCAGGGGUUCAGGAAAUUCCUGAAAGUCUCUUUUGACCGACCGCACGCACGCACAUUUUCAUGCCCAAAACAGUUCCAGAGAAUUAGGCUGUGCGGCCGGUCUAUUUUCAGUGUCUAAGUUCACUUCGAUGGCACCCGUUCGUGCACAUCGUCAAUGUCAUAGUGCCGUUCGAAUUGUCAAAUGCUGUUCGACUCCUGUCGAAGUUCCGGAGAAGGUAAAGUUCAGCAGUGUUCGUGCCGUCACAUGUCCGAUUUGAGUUCCAUGAACUCGAUGACAAAACACCACUGAACAUGUUCGACUAAACGAACGGCGACCACCUAGCCGUUCGUCAAUUUGCUCCCAGCCUGGGAGGUAUAUUGGCUGCACACUCCACUUGUGUGUGGUCCGGCUGUUCGGUAGUUCGAAGUUCCACUUCGACCACUUUGAAAGUUUAAAGGGGCAUUGUGCUAAGUCCCAAUAUGCACAUAGUGUUUUUAAAAGGCAAUACACCCCAGGGGCCAUAGUCACAGGACAAGAGGCUGCCAAAAACCAGUGGCGAGGUCACUAUCUCCAUAGGUCCGCUAAGUAGUAUUUUUCAGUUUCAAGCAGGUCUAGUCCACAUCGAAGGUUGGGAAGAGUCAGUUGGGAGUGUGCACUUGCGGUGAUCUACCAUUCCAGAUGGACUUCUUGAUAUUAAAUUUUGACCAUCUUAAAGAAGGUUUGUGAAAACAUAAUGGGCACCAUUUAAUACACAUAAAAAUUUAGGCAGUAGUAAUUUUUACUGCGUUUACGUGGCCUAGCCAAGAUAUAUAAUAGGUGUUUGCCAUGGACCCAGGGUUGCAGGAUAGGGGUUCUUCUUGCUUGGGUAGGAAUUUUACAAGGCCAUUUGUUGUUUCAUGUUGUUUGAAUUAUAUGGAUAAAAUGGAGCUGAGUUUUGGUGGGGCUGAGAAUUGUUUACAGCAAGAAAAACAAAGGAAGAGGAAACGUGUACUGUUAAUUACCCUAUUGUAUGUAAAUGACCCAAUGUGGGAAUAACUACCUCUGCACAGAUGCAAUAAAGUCAGUUCGGUUUAACCCCUACAUGUAGUCUCGACUCAUGGUAUGCAGUAAUCAUUUGCUAUAUUUAACCUCCAAAUGCUGCUCAGAUCCUGAGCACUCCUAAUGGAACCAAAUACUUCGGCUCAGCAAAGUGAUAUUGGAUGGUCCAAAAAUAGCAUAGGAAGCCGAGAAGUAACGGAGGUAAUCAGCCGGAGGAAAGGGGAAGUGAGGGCAGAGUAUUGAAUUGGGGGAACAAGGAAGGGAGGGCAGUGUAUUGAAUUGUUUGAGGGGGAGGGAAGGCAGUGUAUUGAAUUGGGGGAGCAGGGAAGGAAGGGGUGUGACGGAACGCUGUCACUGCGUACCAUGCCACAUGCUUGCCUGCUUAUGGGGUUCAGGUUAGGGCUUUUUAACAAUGUAUUGCUUGUCUGUGUCUCUCCCCCUCUCCCUUCCUUUUCCUGUCGCAUUGUGUUGUAGACCCCAUGUAGGGGUCUGUGCCUAACAAACCAUUUGUGACAAGAUAAAAGGAUUUCUCUGUACCUGAGAAGGGACUGGAUUGCCUCUUAUGCACAGAGGAUCAUGGGAGGGAUUUCCCUGGGGGGUUGGGUUGGAAACGCCUUGCAUGGGGCUUUUGCAUAAGUUGAUUUCUUUGUACCUGAGAGGGAACUGAAUUCUCUCUCAGGCACAGAGGAUCAUGGGAGGGAUGACCCUAUAAUGUUGUGUUGGAAACCCCUUGCAGGGAACUUUGCAUAUGAAGGCCGUGUGUGGCCCUGAAUAAAGACACAAUAAAGACAUAAAGUCUACUCCCAGCAUUAAGUCUCGGCUAAUGUGUGGGGGGAACAACUAUACUGCUCUAUUUACUUGCAGUACCUGCUAUACUCUCUGGGAGCUGGAUCCAGGGCUUGGGUCCAGGGUGGGAAUAGGCGGCGAGACCCCAGUCAAGUUGCGGCGCCUAGGGACUGGAAGUGCUUGUGGUGUCCGGGUGAAGUGCUUAUGGUACCUCGGUGAUCACUAAGAAGUGUGUUUGGCAAAGGUACCCAGGCUGUGUACCAGGCGGUCCGCCACAACGGGCAUGUAUUGAAUUGGAGAGGAUGAGGGAAGGGAGAGCCGUGUAUUGAAUUGAGGGAUGGCAGUGUAUUGAAUUGGGGGAGGAUGAGGAGGGAGGGCAGUGUAUUAAAUUGGGAGAGGAUAAGGGGAGAGAGAGGGCAGUGUAUUGAAUUGGGGGAGGAUUGCACUGCAUUGAAUUGGGGGAGCAGGAGAGGGAGGGCAGUGUAUUGAAUUGGGGGAGGGUUGGCAGUGUAUUGAAUUGGGGAGGAUGAGGGGAGGGCAGUGUAUUGAAUUGGGGAAGGAUGAGGGGAGGGUUGGCAGUGUAUUGAAUUGGGGAGGAUGAGGGGAGGGCAGUGUAUUGAAUUGAGGGAGGAUGAGGGGAGGGAGAGCAGUGUAUUGAAUUGGGGAGGAUGAGGGGAGAGUGUGGGCACUGUAUUGAAUUGGGCGAGCAGGAGGGCAAUGUAGCGGACCCUGGGUAACCCGGCUGGUUACCUCCGCUAUUAUUAAUUGAACAGACCCAUUUCCCUCCCAGUAACUGGACGACACACAGUUCCAGGUGUACAACAACACCUUUAUUGGCCACACGCGGCUUUAUACUUUCCCCAUGCAAGGGGUGGAACACACAUGAAGACAAUGUCCGGGGGUCGUAUAACGGAAACGGAACCCCAGUCUCUUUGUACCCUGUUCCCGCCACUAAGUAUCCCUUCCCAGAAGUCUCUGUAUCUGGGGGUCGUAGCAUGGGAAACCUCCUGCCUCUUUGUCCCCCAGUGACAUAGACCUCCACCAUUGUCCCCAAAGGAUGUCCCCACCAAUCUCAGGGACCCCCAGACCGGUAACCGCCAUGAACAGCCACAGUUCAUGGGGUUUCUGUGUGGAACCAGGCAAGGGAAGUGUCUCCUUUCGGGGCAUGAAUGAAUAGCCACCCUGAGAAGCACUCAUUAAUCACUUCCCUUGCGGUUUCACACUAUGUUGCAAGUUGCCAACGUUCUAAUUGAUUGGUCUGAACAUUCCAAGUCGUGCCGGGGAGGUCCUCGUUCGGGAUCCGAACGAGGUGGGAAACAAUCAGCGAAUGCCCCCCCUGGAUGGCGUUCAUCUAAGGAAUGGGCUGCCACCCAGGGGAGGCACGCGCCAAGGCUUCUCUUGCGGUUUGCGGAUUUGACACCUCAUUAUGAGGUGUGAACGUUCUAAACCCACCCCGUUCGGGAGGUAAACGGACUCCCGUUUGUGGCGGUACUCCUGAACACAACAAAGGAAACAGUGUAUUGAAUUGGGGGAACAAGGAAGGGAGGGCAGUGUAUUGAAUUGUUUGAGGGGGAGGGAAGGCAGUGUAUUGAAUUGGGGGAGCAGGGAAGGAAGGGGUGUGACGGAACGCUGUCACUGCGUACCAUCCCACAUGCUUGCCUGCUUAUGGGGUUCAGGUUAGGGCUUUUUCUAUUAUUUAUUUUAUUUAUAAAUGUUUUUCUUUUCUUUUAUAUAUAUCAAAUAUACAAUAGUUAUACAAAUUAUACAAAUUUCAAUAUUACAACAUUAAUAUUACUACAUUAAUAUAUAUUCAUUUGAUUAUCCAUAACAUUAUAUAUAGUUCACAACAGAGAAAAAAAAACAAACAAAAAAAACACUCAUAUAUGAAACUCGGUAUGGGAUGGGUCCCAAACUAACAAUUCGUUAUUAUAUAGGAAAUUUGGAAGUCCAGGGUAGCCAUAGCUCUCUCAAAUCUUUAGUUGAAGAUUCCAUCUUAUAUUGGAACCUUAUUUGAUCCAUUAUUUCUUGCCAAAGUGGUGGAUUAGGAGAUUUCCAUGCUCUAGCAAUAUUGAUUUUUAUUGCAAAGAAUAUGUGUGUCAUAAUAUAUUUUUGUUGUUUAUCAGAUGUUUUAUAAUCCAUGUUAAACAAAAACAUUUCGGGACUAAUUACAACAAUCUCCUUAAAGAUACUUUUCAUUAAGCCUAACAUUUGGGUCUUGAUAUUAUUCAGACCCGUACAAGCCCACCAUAUAUGGAGCAUGGUACCCUCUUCUCUUCUACAUCUCCAACAUUCUUUUGAGUAAAAUGGAGAUAUUUUAUGGAGUCUAACCGGGACCAUAUACCACCUAUAGAUGAUCUUUAAGUGUGUUUCGAGUAAGGAUAUAUUAUGUAUACUUUGUUUUACUAACAUUGUAGCAUUUGUCCAAUCUAUCAGUGGGAGGGAUUUCCCCAUAUCCCUCUCCCAUUUACCAAAUGGAGGCACAUCAAUAACAUUCAAAACAAACAAAGUAUAAGCGGAGCUCUGUAUUACCUGUAUAAACAAUGGUAUAUUGAAGAUGAAUAUAAUAUUAUGCAAAAUAAGAAUCUGUAAAUAAAUGAUCACAGAUCUAAGUGCAGACAAUAGUCACAUAAUAAUUAACAUUAAAAAAAUAUAAAAACUUUUAGGUGGGUAACUCACAAAGGUGGAGCCAAUAAUACACCUGGCUCUAGUGGUAAGCGCCUGUGGAUCUUCUAGGGGAUCCACUACCCUCUUUCUGUUCCUCCUGAUGUCCUCCUCCUUCAAUUUUGGUAGGAAUGGAAAUGCAGACUCCACAGGACGGUAUAAUGAAAAAUUUAUUGGUAAAAUAGUAAAUUAAAACAUCUAAAAACAAAAUUGGAUCAAAGUAUUUGCAGUGAGUCCAAAAUGUCCCCAAAACGCGUUUCGCCAGUUAAACUGGCUUCCUCAGUUGGCAUAUUCCUCCUGUGACCUCUUUGUACUUUUAUAUAGUUCUUAAAUGAUGAAAUUGCCGGCAUCUGCCGGACCGGAAGUUGGCUUUGUGGAACGCACGCCGUCCUGGUUGGAACGUGCGUGCGUGCGUGCGUGCGUCGAUCACAUGAUUGGGCCGUUUCGCUUCCUUCUUCCUCGUUGGAACGCACAUGCGUUCCACAGUCUCAAAUAAUACAAACUAGCCGUUUUGCUUCUACGCCUUUUUCGUGGAACGCACCAUCUGCGUUCCAUAAUCUUUUCUAUCAUAACAAGAAUCCUCAAUACUUCAGUCCAUACAAUCCCAAGAGAAAUCAAUAGUGAUAAAUUAAUAAGGACCCCUCCUUUGAUCGUGAGGAUCAGUUUUUUAUGGAGGGAUGGAACAAAUUAUUGGAUGGAUUCUCAUUUAGCCUCAUAGGGUACAUUGUAGCAAGACGAGAAGAAAAUCUCAUAAAAUUAGAUGAGGAUAUAAAGAAAUUCAGAGAAGGUUUAAGCGAAACCACCAGUCCUGAAAUAUUCAAUGAGAUAAUAUUAGAUAUGAAAAAGAGAAUAGAUAAAACAGAGAGAGAAGUUAUAGAAACAAAGAAACACAAAUACUUAAGGGAUCUGGAAGACUAUAAAACAGGAAAUGUAAGAAGUAAUAAUCGUAAACAGGCCAAUUGGAAUAAAUCCAAUCAACGCAAUAGAGGGAGGACACCUAGUUACCAGAGAAAACAGACAAGAGCACGUUCUCCAAGUCAAUGGGAACAUUAUCAAACGAAAACAUUUAGACAUAGGAACACAGAAGAUAGAGGUUCACAGAGAUACCAAUAUCAGACAAGCAACAAAUUAAAGAACUAUCCAUAUAGGGAUAUUGGAGGAAGGAAAAAUCACAUACAUUAUCAAAGAUCUUAUGCAAUCAAAGAGGAUAAAAAACAAGAAGAUAGAGUUAAAGACUACAAUGUUGUAACCACCACACAUAAGUCUAAUCCGAUUAGACAAGAAGAAAGAAGAGAAAACAAUGUUAGAAGCUAUAGUAGAGCAGUUGCAAGUCCAGUAAGAAAUUUGCAGAAUAGAAAUCUCCCACAGAAUAAAAAUGGGUUCCGUAUGGACAGACGCAAACCGUCUAUAGAUAGAGAUCAUAGUAUAUCCACCUAUAAUCGUUUUCAGAUAUUGGAACAUAGAAACACCUCCCCUAUAUCUUCUCCUUUUCGCAAGAGCCCAACCAAAUCCAGAUGCAAACUACUUCAGGAAUCACGGGAAUGGGACUCUCCGGGCAAAAGGAGAAGAUCGUGGGAAGAGGGAGAGGUAGAAGACGAAAGAAACCACAACAGAGAGAAGCGAGGACGGAUAUAGAUCAUAAGGGGAUAUUUAAUCUCUCAGAUAAAGAACUGGGUCAAGAUGAAUUAAAGAUAUUACAAAAGGGACUUAAGUUUGCUCCGUCUGCAGACUUUAGACCUUUUGAAUUCUUUAUAGACCUAAACCGCUUUACUCGACAAUUAUGCUUAAAGAAAUUCUUUCACAAUAGAGACACAGUAGAAAUUAACACCACCUCCCCAUAUAUUCAUAGCAAUUGAAAGAAAAAUCAAAAUUUUUCCCAAGAAACAUGAUUUCAAGUGAAAUUAAAACCUUUGAAACUAUGAUUAUGAAAGAGGUUAAGAAAAUCAAACAUACGAAUAAGUAUCAAAAAAAUCUUACACUAGCAGAGACCAAAACAUUAAAGAAGUUACAAAAAGAUGAUAAUUUAAUUAUAAAACCUGCAGAUAAGGGGGGAGGAGUAGUUGUUCUGUCCAAAGAAAAAUAGGUAGGGGAAGCAGAGAGGUUACUGUCAGAUGUCAAAACAUAUAAGAAAUUAACAUGUAAUCCGAGUCAAGAGAUCAUAACGAAGUUUAAAGAAUAUGUUAAUAAAGGAUUAGAUAACGACAUUUUAACAGAAGCAGAAGCCAAAUACCUGACUAUUCCUAAUCCUCAGAUUCCAGUAUUUUAUUGUUUACCAAAGAUGCAUUAAAAUUUAAUCAACCCACCAGGUAGACCUAUAAUCUCUGGGGUAGAAAGUAUCUCAUCGAGAGUUUCAGAGUAUAUAGAUGUUCUUCUUCAACCGGUAGUAACUAAGAAUCCAACGUACCUUAAAGACACAAUACAUGUUUUACAAAUUUUAGAAGAGAUUAAAUGGGAAGAGAAUUAUAUAUUGGUUACAUGUGAUGUAAGCUCGCUCUACAGCAUAAUCCCACAUACAAAGGGAAUAGAGGCAGUACAACAUUUUUUAGAUAAAUCGAAUUUUAAACAAAAUCAAAUAGAUUUUAUUAAAGAGGGUAUACUUUUAAUUUUGACCAAUAAUUUUUUUUGGUUCAAAGAGAGUUUUUAUCUACAAAUCAAUGGAACGGCGAUGGGGACCAAGUUCGCACCCAGUUACGCAAAUCUUUUUAUGGCGUAUUGGGAAGAAAUGUUUAUUUUACAUAGUGAAUUUUUUGCGGACUUGGUCACCUAUCGCCGAUACAUUGAUGAUAUAUUUUUUAUUUGGAAGGGAGAUGAUCUUAAAUUGACUAAUUUUUUAAGUUUUUUAAAUUGUAAUGAUUGGGGUAUUUGUCUUACCUCUGUACAAAGUAAAGUGGCAAUUAAUUUUCUAGAUCUUACUAUUUUUAUAGAAGAAGGGAACAUUUUUACCAAUAAUUUUUUUAAAGAGGUAGACUGCAAUGGUUAUAUUGAUCUCACUAGUUGCCAUCAUACUCCGUGGCUCACGAAUGCACCCAAGAGCCAGUUCAUGAGACUAAAAAGAAAUUGCACAAAAGAUGAUGAUUUUUUACAACAAACACAAGUUAUUAAAAAUCAAUUCUUGGAAAAGGGAUAUAAAAAAGAGGACCUUCAAAAGGGUAUAGAAGAAAUAAAAAGAUUAGAACGAAAGGAAUUGCUAAUAUAUAAAAAGAAAAAAGCGAAAAUAGAGAAUAAUAAAUGUAACAUCCCCUUUAUUUGUAAUUUCUCGGCCAAUAAUAAGAAGGUGCGGUAUGCCAUUAAUAAAUAUUGGCACUUAUUACAAGACGAUCCUAUUCUAAAAGAAAUACUACCGGAGAGACCUAAAAUUGUCCAUAGGGGAUGCAGAAAUAUAAAAAAAUUUUUAGUAAAUAGCAAUCUAAAAAAUCAUCAAGUUGAAAAUGAAAAUUUCUUAACAAAGAAUAAAGGAUUUUAUGGGUGUGGAACAUGUUUGGCAUGUAGGGAGACUAAAAGUAUAAAAAGACAUAUAAAAAAUACAAAAGAAAUUACCAAUAAAGAGUUUAUAAUAAAAGACCUGCUGACAUGUUUCUCCAAAAAUAUCAUUUAUUUAUUAAUCUGUCCAUGUAAUAAAAUGUAUAUAGGGAGAACUAUCAGAUGUCUCCAUAUCAGAAUUUCAGAACAUGUGAGGAAUAUUAAAAAAGGAGUAGAUACACAUAGUGUUUCCCAACACUUUAAACAGUACCAUCACCAAAAUCCACAAGGUCUUGCCUUUUGUGCACUCAAAUUGGUCAAAAAAAAAUUGGAGGGGUGGAGAUUUUAUAAAGAGAAUUGGGAUGGAAGAAAUGUCUUUUAUUUUCAAUUUUAAUACUAUGGUCCCUUAUGGAUUAAACUUAGACUUUGAAUUAUGCCACUUUUUAUAAUAGUAAGAGUUAAUUACUAUUAAUUACUUAUGGAUUAAACUUAGACUUUGAAUUAUGCCACUUUUUAUAAUAGUAAGAGUUAAUUAUCAUAGUUAUUAGUUAACCUCUAUUUCUAUACAUGUUCCUCUCACCCUUCCAGUUUUUUAUACAAGUAUUUUAAGAGCACACCAUCAUCACUAUGCACAUAUAGAAGCAAUGGUGGUUACUUAUUUUCACACUAACUGGAAUGUUUUAUUUUUUUUUAUGCUAUAAUGUAUAGUUUAGUUUAUCCCUUUUUUUUUAUUAAUUUAUCACUAUUGAUUUCUCUUGGGAUUGUAUGGACGGAAGUAUUGAGGAUUCUUGUUAUGAUAGAAAAGAUUAUGGAACGCAGAUGGUGCGUUCCACGAAAAAGGCAUAGAAGCAAAACGGCUAGUUUGUAUUAUUUGAGACUGUGGAACGCAUGUGCGUUCCAACGAGGCAGAAGGAAGCGAAACGGCCCAAUCAUGUGAUCGACGCACGCACGCAUGCGUGUACGUGCGUUCCAACCAGGACGGUGUGCGUUCCACAAAGCCAACUUCCGGUCCGGCAGAUGCCGGCAAUUUCAUCAUUUAAGAACUAUAUAAAAGUACAAAGAGGUCACAGGAGGAAUAUGCCAACUGAGGAAGCCAGUUUAACUGGCGAAACGCGUUUUGGGGACAUUUUGGACUCAUUGCAAAUACUUUGAUCCAAUUUUGUUUUUAGAUGUUUUAAUUUACUAUUUUACCAAUAAAUUUUUCAUUAUACCGUCCUGUGGAGUCUGCAUUUCCAUUCCUACCAAAAUUGAAGGAGGAGGACAUCAGGAGGAACAGAAAGAGGGUAGUGGAUCUCCCCUAGAAGAUCCACAGGCGCUUACCACUAGAGCCAGGUGUAUUAUUGGCUCCACCUUUGUGAGUUACCCACCUAAAAGUUUUUAUAUUUUUUUUAUGUUAAUUAUUAUGUGACUAUUGUCUGCACUUAGAUCUGUGAUCAUUUAUUUACAGAUUCUUAUUUUGCAUAAUAUUAUAUUCAUCUUCAAUAUACCAUUGUUUAUACAGGUAAUACAGAGCUCCGCUUAUACUUUGUUUGUUUUGCAUGUUUUACGUUGUGGAGGUUAAGGGAUUCCUUCACUUAUGCGUUAGAGCCUGUUGUUCACUUUGCUGAAUUUGUGUGUAUCGCUUUUAUUGUAUAUAUACAUCAAUAACAUUGUCUAGUGUAUCAAACAGUUUAUUAAAUCUAGAGAUUCCUCCCUUUUUUUGACUACAAGUAAUAUAAGGUUCAAGAUAGUGAUCUUUAAUCAAUAUUUUAGUUAAAAGAAAAUUCUUGAUCCUUAAGUAUUCAAAUAUUUCCCUAGGUAAAAAUUUAUAUUUAGAUUGUAGUUGUGUAAAUGUCGCCAGUUUAGAUCCCUCAUAUAGAUUUCCAAUUUUUUUUAAUUCCAAAAUGUAUCCAUAUUUUGAUAUUUAUAUCUGACAUAGCAUAGUGAAGUAUUUCUAUAGGUGUAUUAGAUAAUAAUUUUCCUUUAAGGUCCAACUUAGUGUUCAAAUAUUUAGCAAAAUCCACCAUAUCUCUUAUGAUUAUAUUAGAAAAUUGCUCCGUAUCCAAAACCCCCAGAUUCAGAAGUCCUAGCCACCCUAGGAUGUAUAGCUUUUGCCCUGGUUCUGAUUUCUGUUCAAUUUUAAUCCAAGAUUUAGAUAUAUUUUGAUCCAAAUUUAACCAUAUCAUAAGUUGAGAAGACCUAUUUGCCUCAUACAUCUUGAUCACAUCAGGAAAUGCUAUAGCCCCUUUCCGGUAACUUCUACAUAAAAUCUCCGUCGCUAUUCUGGGUGGUUUAUCACGCCAUAUAUAGCUAGAGAAUAAACUUUGGAAGCGCUUCAAAGUGCCCCGUUCAAUAUUAUAUGGAAUCAUCCUAAAAAAAUAUAGGAGUUUUGGCAUUAAAUACGAUUUAAUAAUAUUAACUCUUCCUAUCCAAGAUGGUUCUAAUCUCUUCAAUUUAUGUAUCUGAGAUUGUAAAUCUUUAUAUAAAUUGUCAAAGUUUAUCAGAAUUGUCUUUAUAGUAAUAAAUGUUAUCUUUAUACCUAGAUAAUCAAUUUUAUCUUUUAUAUAUUCUAUAUGAAAGUGGGAGUACAAAAUUUCUAACUGUGUCUUAGACAAUAAAAAUGGAAGGACUUGAGAUUUAUUAAUAUUGACCUUAUAGUUAGAGAAUUUACUAUAUAUAGAGAUGUCUUCUAGUAACGGUGGAAUUGAUAAUAGGGGUUCAGCGAGAGUAAGUAGGACAUCAUCUGCAAACAGAGAUAUCUUAAUAUAGUCCUCUUGAAAAUCUAUUCCUUUUAUCUUUUCAUUCUGUCUUAUCAUCGUAGCCAACGGUUCGAUUGUAAGAAUAUAUAGGAGUGGAGCUAACGGGCAACCCUGCCUAGUUCCAUUCUUGAUAUCGAAGGGAUCAGAGUCAAAAUAGGGGCUGCUAAUUCUUGCCGAGGAGUUUCUAUAUAAAGAUAAAGUUUUAUUUCUAAAUGCUCCAUCCAGUCCGAAAUGGCCCAUGACAGAGUCCAGGAAUCUCCAAUUGACUCUGUCAAAGGCCUUCUCGGCAUCUAAAGCAAUAAUAACAGCUUCCCUUUGUUGUCCGCUCACUCUAUUUAUUACCGUAUUUUUCGCUCCAUAAGACGCACCUCACCAUAAGACGCACCUAGUUUUUAGAGGAGGAAACCCAGAAAAAAAAAAUAUUCUGAGCAAACUGUUCCAUAGUGUUUCUUACUAUGGGACAGUUUGUUCAGAAUAUUUUUUUUUCUCCCCUGUCCCAUAAUGAUCUUUAACCCCCCUUUCCUCUGUCCCAUAGUGAUUGUUAACCCCUCCUCCCUGUCCCAUAGUGUUCUUUAACCCCUCCUACCCUUGUCCAUUAGUGAUCCCAUAGUGUCCCCCCUCCCAUUGUUUCAUAGUGCACUUUCCCUCCCAUAGUGUCCCCCUCCCCUUCUCCCAUAGUGUCUCCCCCUCCCCUUCUCCCAUAGUGUCGCCCCCUCCCCUUCUCCCAUAGUGCCCCCCUCCCCUUGACCCAUAGUGUCCCCCACCCCUUCUCCCAUAGUGUCCUCCUCCCCUUCUCCCAUAGUGUCCUCCUCCCCUUCUCCCAUAGUGUCCUUCUCCCCUUCUCCCAUAGUGUCUCCCCCUCCCUUUCUCCCAUAGUGUGUCCCCCUCCCCUUAACCCAUAGUGUCCCCCUCCCCUCGUCCCAUAGUGUCUCCCCUCCCAUUGUCCCAUAAUUACUUACCUGUCUUGGAGCGUGGGCCGGCAGCACAGCGCGCUCCGCGGUCCAGGAACUUCUAUUUCAGGUUCCGGUUUCCGGCGGGACUGAAAGGAAGUGUGCACACUGAGUGUGCACCUCCUUUCAGUCCCGCCGGAAACCGGAACCUGAAAUAGAAGUUCCUGGACCGCGGAGCCCGCUGUGCAGCCGGCCCACGCUCCAAGACAGGUAAGUAAAGCUUUACAUUCGCUCCAUAAGACGCACAGACAUUUCCCCUCACUUUUGAGGGGAAAAAAAGUGCGUCUUAUGGAGCGAAAAAUACGGUAUAUUAAAGAUCCUCCUUGUAUUAUCAGAGGUACUUCUUCCUUUCACAAAUCCUGACUGGUCCCAAUUAAUCAAGUCUCCCAAUACUUCUUUUAAACGAUUAGCCAAUAUAGCCGAGAAUAUUUUAAUAUCAAUAUUUAUUAGUGUAACGGAUCACCUGGCACCCCGACUGGGUACCUCCGUUGAAAGAUGCUCCUAGCGCUUCCAGAGGACUCCAAGCACUCCAACAGACACCAUAAGCACCGCAGGCUGCAGCUAUCUCCCUUCAGAACGAAGCAGGAACAAGCUCUUACAAGAGCUCAGUGAUUAUAGCAAGGGAAUAUGCCUAGCAUAGCAAUCCCUUGUAGCAGAUUCCCCCAAUAAGAGACAGGACUCAAGUUGAGGGUAAAAAUAGAACUCCCUGGCUGCUAGCUUGCAGCCCUUUUUAUUAGGUGCUCCCAUGAAGGGGAGGGACACACACAGUAAUGUACAUUAACCAAUCACACAAUAGUUACAUCCCACACAUAGCCCUCCCCUCUACCUGUAAACUAAUUAUCUGUACACACAGGGAAAUACAAUUAUCAUAGGUAGGGAAAAUACAGUUUUUACACAACAUUCAUAACUCCCAAAAUAUACAUCACAUUCGCAUAAAAAUACAUAUUAACAAUCAAUCCAUUCAGGGGAACAACAUAUUAAAAAAUGGCAUGAAUCAGACCAGGGGUUCAAAAGUUAGUAAAAGUAUCUUUUGUUUCCCCUGGCUCAAACAGUAAAAGUAAAACAUCCCCACAAUGCAUCCUGGCUUCCUCCCUUCUGCCCUGGAGAUAAUUGGAGAAGGAAUCUAAUUAUCUCCAAAGACAGAGCCAAACUCCAUUACCCACAUGGCAGACAAAAAGACAGUAAAAGACAUAAAAUUACAUACUGACACAUUUGGUACAUAAAACACACAUUUCUACAUAUCCCCAGAUAGCUUGGAUCUGACUGCACAUUAUUAGAUGAAUGGCACUCAGAUCACACGAAUAAGCCUUUCUGCAGGGAAAAUAAACAGUUUAACCUGCAGGGCCAUAGUCCAAAGGCAAGAAGCGGGCAAGCAGCCCCCUCCAAGGACACGUGGCGAGGUUGGUUUCGCCACACUUCUCCCCUUUGCCCCCCAGACUAACAGGGUAUCUAACCUCCUGCCGGUCAGUGCCCUGGUUAGUCCAGCAACCCACCCACGAAGCACAAACAGCAGUACAGCCCACCCACAAUAAAUGUUUACUCCACCUGGAUAAAGUAGCAACUUGUCCAUGUCCAGGUGCCUCACCACGGCUGUGUGGGGAGCUGGUAGACUGCCUUGGUGGGUUGCUGAGUGGGCAGAGACCAGCGGUACUCUGCCCUGGUGCCAGCGCUACCACCAAAGUAGCCUGAUUGGAGCCUGGUUGUGGGAGGGGGAGACCGACCGUCUCCCCUCUGGGUACACAGCUCUGGGGCUGGGGAACAGGACCGACCGUCUCUACCCCUUGGGCUGUAAGCGCAGAGACUACGAUCCCAUCUGCACAGUUGCGGGGCUCAACAUCUCCCCUUGGUGGGUUAGGCUGCCGCUGGAGAGAGGGUGUAACAAGCUCCUCUCUCUGGACUGUCAACUGCCGCUGGGGAGAGGGGUUAACAGGCUCCUCUCCCUGACCCUCUCUCUGCUGGUGGAGAGGCGGACCAGCUGUCUCCCCUUUCAUUAUUUUGUCCUGCUGCUGGGGUGUGAGACUGACGGUCUCUGCUCCCUGCAGGACACACUGCCGCUGGGGAGGAAGGACAACACCUUCAGCUCCCUGGGGUACACACUGUCGCUGGAGAGGAAGGAUUGCACCCUCAGCUCCCUGGGGUACACACUGCCGCUGGGGAGGAAGGACGACACCUUCGGCUCCCUGGGUUACACACUGCUGCUGGGGAGGACGGACGACACCAUCCGCUCCCUGGGGUACGCACUGCCGCUGGGGAGAAAGGACGGCACCUUCCGCUGGGGCAGCCUGUAGAAAGUCAGGCUCAGGGGAAGGAAACAAGGGAGGACAGAGGCCAGCGGCGCUCUGCCCAGUUGCCAGCUCUUCUGCUGGGGGGUCAGGGAACAAAGGAGUUGGCUGGGAGGAGAAAUAUCACUUACCUCCCCCUGGUACUCCGGCUGCUGCUGGGGGGGGGAGGUCGAUGCUCUCCACUUUCUGUAACUCCAGCUCUAGUUGGGGAUCUGGGCCGGUUGCCCAGCAUCCCUGUAGGGCCAGUGGAGAGAUCUCGGUCCCAUCUCCACCUGCCUGCAGGGGGUCCUCCCAGGACCAGUCUAUGAGGUCCUCUACCUCGGGUACCUCUGGUUGCUGUUGGGGAGGGAGACCGGUUGUCUCUUCCUCCAAUAACACAUUCUGCCGCUGGGGGGUGAGACCGACUGUCUCCCCUCCCUGUAAAACAUACUGCCGCUGGGGAUCUGGGCCGGGUGCCCAGCAUCCCUGUAGGGCCGGUAGAGAGACCUCGGUCCCAUCUCCACCGGCCACCUCGGUUUCUUCCUCGUCCCUCUCUACCUGUGGCUGGAGUUUCUCCCAACGUGCCCACUGGCCUUCCCUCAACGCCCUGUGUUGUAGGUUCCGGGUCACCAUGUCCCACACGAACCGCACGUAUUUCUCCUCUGGAUUGGGUCCGUAAAACUUCAGGUGCAACCCUACCAUCGUGCCAAACUCUAGUACGGAGUAGCUAUACGCCAUGCUUGCUGUAGCCACUGCUGGUUCCAUUAUGUUGCUGAAGAUAAGGACGCUGCACAACUCCACACGUUACCGGUGUCUCCGAGCUGCUUCUCCUCGCACUAGGAUGCCAUCCCGCCGCUUGCCACCAAUGUAACGGAUCACCUGGCACCCCGACUGGGUACCUCCGUUGAAAGAUGCUCCUAGCGCUUCCAGAGGACUCCAAGCACUCCACCAGACACCAUAAGCACCGCAGGCUGCAGCUAUCUCCCUUCAGAACGAAGCAGGAACAAGCUCUUACAAGAGCUCAGUGAUUAUAGAAAGGGAAUAUGCCUAGCAUAGCAAUCCCUUGUAGCAGAUUCCCCCAAUAAGAGACAGGACUCAAGUUGAGGGUAAAAAUAGAACUCCCUGGCUGCUAGCUUGCAGCCCUUUUUAUUAGGUGCUCCCAUGAAGGGGAGGGACACACACAGUAAUGUACAUUAACCAAUCACACAAUAGUUACAUCCCACACAUAGCCCUCCCCUCUACCUGUAAACUAAUUAUCUGUACACACAGGGAAAUACAAUUAUCAUAGGUAGGGAAAAUACAGUUUUUACACAACAUUCAUAACUCCCAAAAUAUACAUCACAUUCGCAUAAAAAUACAUAUUCACAAUCAAUCCAUUCAGGGGAACAACAUAUUAAAAAAUGGCAUGAAUCAGACCAGGGGUUCAAAAGUUAGUAAAAGUAUCUUUUGUUCCCCCUGGCUCAAACAGUAAAAGUAAAACAUCCCCACAAUGCAUCCUGGCUUCCUCCCUUCUGCCCUGGAGAUAAUUGGAGAAGGAAUCUAAUUAUCUCCAAAGACAGAGCCAAACUCCAUUACCCACAUGGCAGACAAAAAGACAGUAAAAGACAUAAAAUUACAUACUGACACAUUUAGUACAUAAAACACACAUUUCUACAUAUCCCCAGAUAGCUUGGAUCUGACUGCACAUUAUUAGAUGAAUGGCACUCAGAUCACACGAAUAAGCCUUUCUGCAGGGAAAAUAAACAGUUUAACCUGCAGGGCCAUAGUCCAAAGGCAAGAGGCGGGCAAGCAGCCCCCUCCAAGGACACGUGGCGAGGUUGGUUUCGCCACAAUUAGUGAUAUUGGUCUAUAGUUAGCAAUUAUUGUAUUAUCCUUAUCUGGCUUAGGAAUCGGAAUAAUUGUUGCUAACAUCAUCUCUUUUGGAAAUGGAACAUCACUAGAUAUUAACGAGUACAUCUCUAAGAGAAUUGGAGUAAUUACUUUCAUAUAUAUUUUAUAAAAAUAGCAGAGACUCCAUCCGGGCCUGGGGCCUUAUUUGGUUUUAAUUUCUCUAUCGCUUCUUCAAUUUCCAAUUCUCUAAAAGGAGCAUUUAUAUAUUCUAGUUUCUCUAGGCUUAACUUAGGAAGUCUGAGGUUCUUGAGAAAUCUGUCAAUUUCACCAUUACUUGCCUUGACCUCCUCUAAAUUAUAUAACGAACUAUAAAAUGUUGCAAAAGCCUCUGCUAUAUCUUUAGGUAAAUUUAAAACCUUUCCUCCUUUUGUCAUCAGUUUUUUUUAUAGAUUUAUCUUUAUGUUGGUUCUUAAUUUUAUUAGAGAGAUCCCUAUUUAUUUUAUUAUUAUUAUGGUACCAUCUUUGUUUAAGGAAGGAUAGAUUUUUACUAAUCUCCUCAUAUAUUUUAUCCUUAAUAAUUAGCUUUAUAUUAUUAAUUUCCUCUAUUAAUUCCCUAGUUAUUGAUAUUUUAUUUAGUCGUUCCAUUUUCGCUAAUUUAAUCCUCAGGACAUGUAAUGAUUGCUACGGUACCUCCAGUAGUAAAAUGUACAAACCGCCGUUUAGCGAGUAUUCCCCGUUCGCAAUAAUGUGGUCGGGUAGCGAGUAUAAUAAAACCAUGCGAACCGCCAGCCAGGGAACACUCCAAACUCCCGAACGGUACCUGUACGGCUGAUUCCCUUCUCGAGCUGCAAAUCCACGAACGGCAAAUAGUAACCGAACGUCAAUAACUCCCAAGCGGCAAAUAAUCCAAAUAAGUAGUCGCUAGUCGCUGGUAACCAAAUCCCCCCAAUAACGAGACCAAGCUCCGCUUUGAGGGUAAAACACGAACUGAUUUACUGUGGGCUACCUGCCCGGUAUUUAUGCAGGUCUCCCACUUGGUGGACACUCCCCUAGGGGACCAAAUGGGAGACUGAAAUUUCAGAGGGACAUGGGGACAUUUUGGACAUACAUCCCCACAAUAUUCCCAGCAUGCAGUACAGUUCCCUCCCCUCUGCUCGGAGGAUAAUUGGGAAGUAACUCAAUUAUCUCCCCGAGCAGAGGCAAACGCCAUUUUAAACACAAGUCACAAAAACACAUGAAAAUCCAUAACUUCAUAUCAUAACUGCCGAACAUAUUACAUUCGUAUUACGUAUCCCCAGAUAGCCUGGAUCUGAGUGCACAUUAUUGGAGAAUAGCGCUCAGAUCCCAUUCGCAUAGUUCAAUCGCCAUGGAGUCAAAGUCUCUUUCAGUUCUUCAGUAUGCGAUUGACUCCAUGGGACGGCUAUCUGGGUUAAGUCCAUUCGUGUGGUUGAAUCUCCCGAACGGCUGGCAUUCGUAUACUUUUGUCGAUUGAGAAGGGGAGGUCGACGGCUUCAGCGGUGUUCGGCUGAAAAAGUGUCCGUUUUCAGAUCCAUGAAAUAAUCGUCGAACACCGCUGGUCGUUCGCAUGGACAAAAUGGCCGCCGCCUCGUGGUCGACAUACGAACGACGACCACCCGGCAUUCGGUUUUAAUUGAGAAGUGUCUGUGGUUAACCGCAACGUUCUAAUUGGGAUCAAUAGGUUAACCAGCAGCACACUUCUCUUCUGGGUGGCCGUCCGUUCGGUAGUUCCGUUCGACAAAACCGACAUUCCCUUGAAUAAAGCAUACGAAUGGGGAAAUUCAUGUAACCGGCAAAACAGGCGAACAAAGCAUUUGUAAUCCAGACAGAUGGGUCUGUCACAAUGAUUCACCUUUCUUUCGUUUAUUUUCAGAACCGAACUUUAUUAAUAGUCCUCUUGUAAAACUUUUUAGGGUACACCAUACAAUUGGUGUUGCAACUUCUCCGUUAUAGUUAGUUUUUAAGAAGUUUUCUAUUUCUAUUUCUAUUUGGUCCUUGAUAUAGUCAAGUUUCAAAAGGCUUUCAUUAAGCCUCCAUUUAGUCCUUGGAGUAUUACCUUCUUUUAUCCUAAUUCUCAAAAAAACUGGGGCAUGAUCCGAAAUUUCUAUAGAGCCAGUUAUAGAUUUUAUGAUGUUAUUUAAAAGACCCUCUUUCACAAAAAACAUAUCAAUGCGAGAAUAAGUUUGAUGUACAUGCGAAAAAAAUGUAUAGUCUCUUUCCUGAGGAUUCAUAGUUCGCCAGCAGUCAAACAGGGAAUUUUUAGCUAAAAAAUCAGAUAAGCCAAAUAGUCCUAUAUUGCAAGGGUUACAAUUCUCAGAAUAUUUAUAAAUUCUAUCUUUAGUUAGGUCAACAACACUAUUAAAAUCUCCUCCUUUUAUAAUACUACCACAGGCAACUUCAUCUACAAUAUCCAUAAUUUGAUCUAGCAGAUCUGACGGGUUGUAAUUCGGAGCGUAUAUGUUUACAAAGGUAAAUGUGAGACCAUUGAUUUUUCUAAUUAAAACCUGAUAUCUACCAUUUUUAUCAGUUAUUGAGUGAAUAACUUCGAAACUAAGUCGGUUUGAGAUAAUAAAAGCCGUUCCCCUUUUUUUCUUCUUACCUUCCAAAUUUGCUGCAUAAACUGUAGGGAAUUUUUUAUAUUUCCAUAGUCUAUCAGGAGUUUCAAUCCAGUGAGUCUCUUGAAUAAAAGCUACGUCAAUUGAAUUUUCAAUUAAGAAUUUAUAUACAGCUCCCCUUUUUUGAGGUGAAUUCAUGCCCUGGACAUUCCAAGUAAUUAUUUUAAGUGACAUCUCUAUUCCAGAAAUCCCUAUCCCAUCCCAGACCAAGUCUCACACAGCUACAUAUUAAAACAAGAAAAAAAAAGAAAAAGAAAAAAAAAAAAACAGCCAAAAAAUACAGAAAAUAAAAAAAAAGAAUAAAUAAGUUGUGAACAAAAAAAACAUAGAGGGGAAUAUACCCCCACCUUUAAUAAUCCAAGAGGAAAUCAUUCCCAUAUGACUCUUGGACUAGCCUGCCCUGAUAUGCAGGAAAAUAGGUUCCAUUGGGGAAUGUAAGAGACACCUUAAUAUAAACAAAUUUUAACCCUUAGCCAACAUUUACACACCCCCAGAACUAUAGCUACAUUUUUAUCCAUUGACAUAAUUUAUAUAUAAAAUAAAGAAUAUGGUUAUUUUAUCACUAACAUUCUUUGUAUAUGUAUAUCUAUAUAAGCUAGACAAGCUUAAGGUAAGAUUAUUAGUUCAAAUUAUUCAUUUUAUAUUCAUCAUUAGAUUCCCCAAAAGAUCUAAACAUGUAAACAUGUAGAUAUGGGUAUCGAUAGAUCAUACUAUUAUUUAUAUCAGGGAAUCCAUAUCCAUAAUAACAUAAUAACCAGUCAGAAUGUAAUAUAUUUAUAUGUAUCCUUUCCCCUUUCUUUUCCUUCUCCUCCUUAACCUUAUAUCAUAUUCAACAUAUUAUUAUAUCGAUACAACGUUAAAUAAGUUGUUCCAACUCCUGUUCCAAUAUUACACCAGGAUGGAGAUGAGAGAGAAAAAAAAAAAAUAGAUACGUACUUAAAUAAACAAGUUUUACCUUACUCCAUCCUAAAUUUUAUAGUUAGUGAUAAGUGAAUUAUUCCAUAAAUAACUUGCUUCAUAUUUAUAUCGGUGAAUUAAUUAAAACAAUUUUGCUCCUUAUACAUAUAUGUGUUACAAAAUAUUAAUAUAACAACCUGAUAAAAGAAAAAAAAAAAACAUUAUUUACCCCUUUCAUAGUGGUGUCAAUAAAUUUAUUUAAAACGGUUUUGUUCUUUAUGCAGUUAUGUGUUACUAAUUAUUAAUAUAAUAGCCUAAUACUUAUAAGAUCAUUAUUAACCCCCAUUCUCGUAAGUAAAUAGAUGAUUUCACCAUUUCCUUAUAUUUAAUGUGUUAUAAAGUGUCAAUAUAUCACCCUAAUAUUUUAAAUUUGUAAUAUUAACUUAUGUGUUUAUUAUAAAGUAUGAUUGCCUAUUAAAUAUUACAUCCUUUUAUUAUAAAUAUAUCCCUCUAAUAGUGUCUUCCCCCAUCAUUCUCUCUUUCUCCCUUCCUCCUUUACCAGAAAAAAAAAAAAAAAAGGAGGGAACUAAAGGAGUCCUGCAGUUAACAUUGUUAUUCUAUGUUAACUUCCAUGUUAACAUAAACUGUUGUACAUCCUCUACAUUUUUUAGAAAAAAUAGUUGAUCUUGAUAAUAGACUUGGAGAGCCGUUGGAAAAUUCCAUUUGUAUUUAAUCCCAUGAGAUCUUAAAGUGGCAGUCUGAGUAGCAAAUUUUUUUCUUGAUUGACGAGUCAUCAUAGACAAAUCAGAAAAUAAUUUUAUAUCUUUAAAUUCAGGAUCAUCCAAUCCUUUAUUCUGCAUAGCUUGCAUAGUCCGAUUCUUCACCUGGUUAUUGGAAAAACAUACUAUUGUAUCUCUGGGCACGUUAGAUGACAAAUGCUUUGGUUUGCUUAAUCUAUGAAAUCUCUCAAAUGGUAAAUCUCGUAGAGGACAGUCAGGAGUAAGUCUUUGAAAGAGGGUUUUUAAAUAUUGUUCCAAUUGAUCAAAUUUGAUAUUUUCAGGAAUCCCUCUUACUUUGAUGUUAUUCCUCCUUGAGCGGUCUUCUAAGUCACCCAUUUUUGUUUCUAUGGUUUGUAUUUUCUCCUCCAGAUAGUUGCAUUUCCUCGUCAGUUCCUCAUUAUUAAUUUGUAUUUGCCUAAGACUGUCCGCUUGUAUUUGCAGAUUUAUAGAUAAAUUUAAAAUCUCCUCUUUUAAUAUUUUGGAAUAUCUUCUACAUCCUGUUUCAAUUUAAUAUAUACAUUUUCCAAUGCAUCGUUGAGUAUUUGCAAUGUUACCUCCUGUGAGGAUAUCUGGGUUUGUUCUUGAGCUAGAGACAUGGGAUAGUCUACUCAAAGUACUCCUUUCUUGAAGUUUAGGUGAAUAAAAGAUAUUAAUACCCUUAGUCUUGUCCGAAUUUGUAUUGCUAUUUUUCUCCUUUUCUUUUUCUUUUUUGGGAGGCAUUAUCUUUUAUAGCAAUCUACUUCUGUAAAUAUUUGUUAGAUAUAACUAUGUAUCAAUAUUUAGUUGAGAUAUAAAUUCCGCCGUUAUCUGGCGGAUAUAGCUGUGACUAUUAUCGAAGAGCGAUCACUGUAGACGUCGCAAAUCUAAAAAAACGGUCACUGCGUCUAUAGCAUUUUUUUUCGGGAGUGGUCAUUAAAGAUGGCAUAUACCAAUGUUAAAUUUCAUAUAUAUACAUAAUUAAAAUAGCCGAUUUCUAUUUUGACUGUAGUCCAGCAGUUUUCCCGGCUAACAAAUUUCAAUUUCAUAUAUAUACACAAGGUAUCCAGUUAUUAACUUGCACAGCUCCAACCUUCCAACAUCAGUUUUAUCUCCUCAAGCUUAGCGUUUAGCUAUUAUCAAUAUCAUCGUUUAUUUAGGCACAGGUUUCCGCCAUUGUCUAGAGAACAAUCAUUAUAUCUUUAGGGCUUUUUAAUAAUGUAUUGCUUGUCUGUGUCUCUCCCCUUCUCCCUUCCUUUCGCAUUGUGUUGUAGACCCCAUGUAGGGGUCUGUGCCUAACAAACCAUUUGUGACAAGAUAAAAGGAUUUCUCUGUACCUGAGAAGGAACUGGAUUGCCUCUUAUGCACAGAUAGGUAAACACAUAAAAGGGAUGUCAGGAUAGUAACAUACAUUGCAGGGUACUGGGGCAGUUCACGUUUUAGCGGGGGUUCCGUUACAGGCAGUGUAUUGAAUUGAGGGAGGAUGAGGGGAGGGCAGUGUAUUGAAUUGGGGGAGGAUGAGGGAAGGGUGUAUUGAAUUGGGGGAGCAGGGGAGGGAGGGCAGUGUAUGAAAUUGGGGGAGUGUGACGGACCUCCGUCCAGGCCACUUCCUAGCCACUUGCAGGGACACUGGAAAGCUUCAACCCCAGUCGCUCUUCCUCCCGACCAGGCUGCAGCUCUUUUUCCAGGCAGGUAUCAUCCCUUCUGCCUAUUCCUCUGCAAAAAAAUACAAACAGUCAAAUCAUGGCAGACAACAUACAGCAACUUAUUAUAACCCAAUUACAUAUUUAUAAAGGGUUGGGGAAGACUAUAAUUAACAGAAAAUAUCUCUCCUGCCUGCAGAAUUAGCAAUAUGCAAAUCUACCUGAAUAUGCAAGUUAACCAACCUUGCUAUUCAGAUAGUGCAUAUUGCUGUUACUACCAACAGAGGGCACUUCACAGGCUCCAGAGCCAAAUCCAUCCAGUUGGUAGAAAUCAUCAGCAGUACAGGAGAGCAGGUAGUACAUUUAACAGUAUACACACACAAUAUAAACCAUUACAUUGCACACACCCUGCACCUAUAAAGGGUACAGGGUGACUCAAACAUAAGAAAAGUAAAGCAACCUACAUAAAUAGUCUGUCUGAAGGUACAGGUGAUGGGGAAUACCGUCACAGGGAGGAUGAGGGGAGAGAGUGGGCAGUGUAUUGAAUUGGGGGAGGAUUAGGGGAGAUAGAGAGGGCAGUGUAUUUGUGACGAUCACCCCGAGUGAGGAGGGGUAUCUACCACCAGAGAUGUCCUUUUCCCCUAGUCUGAGUAGCGCUGCAGUAUUCUCCAGUUGAUAUCCAAGCAGACCAGGAAUCCAAUAUAGCUAUAGAGCUCUUAUAAGAACUAGUGAUUAUGACAGUAUAGCAGUUCCUUACAAUCAUGAGACAAGGCUGCGUGUUGAGGGUUAAGUGGACUGGUUUAAUGGUAGCCAUACUGGCCUUUUAUGUAAUUCCCCAUGUAAGGGCACUCCCACAUGGACGUUGUUGGGGACUACAAUACAAACUUAUAAACUAAUAAUGACAGAGUUACAAUGUAUGACACUCCCACACAUGGCAUACAAUCCCUCCCCUCUGCCUGGGAGAUAAUCGAGUCAAUUACUGUAUCAACUCAAUUAUCUCCAGGCGAAAAAGAACAUCAUUUAUAGACAAUCUGAAAGUACCCCAAAAGCCCACACAAACCCCAUAAAAAGUACAUCCCCUGAUAGCCCCGAUCUGGGUUAGCAACAUAUCCAGAAAUCACCCAGAUCGGUUCAGGGGUUCGGGAUUCAUAUGGAAGUCUUAUUUUUGAUCGGCCACACAUGAGGCUCCUGCCCAGAAAGCUAGUCGUGUGCCCCUCUUUCGGAAGUUAGGUUUCACCGAACGUCGCCUCUUUCGGAUGACUUGGAACAAACCUAGGUGAUCCUGGAAGUCUCAGCGGUGUUCGGGCCAUCGAGUGUCUGAAAAUAGUUCCAUACACUCGACGACCAAGCACUGCUGGAUGCGUUCAACAAAACAAGAUGGUCACUGCCACGUGUUCGGGCAUAAGAAUGACGGCCACCCAGUGAACCACUUAGAACAUUCAGUGUUGUGAUUAGAGCAAGUGUUGGUAAGGUAAAUUGGGUCAAUUGGAGACACGCGACUGCUCUGGGUGGUCCAAUGGUUCGGUAUAUUAUUCGGUAUACGAACCAGCUCGGGCAAAUCUGUUCGGUUGGAUUCGUAUACUGAUCCAGGCAAAGUAAACAAGAAUCUCCAGGAACAGGGCAUCUGUUACAGUAUUGAAUUGGGAAGGAUGAGGGGAGGGAGGGCAGUGUAUUGAAUUGGUGGAUGAGGUGAGAGAGUGGGCAGUGUAUUGAAUUGGGGGAGGAUGAGGGGAGUGAGUAAGGGCAGUGUAUUGAAUUGGGGGAGGAUGAGGGGAGUGAGGGAGGGCAGUGUAUUGAAUUGAGGGAGGAUGAGCGGAGAGAGUGGACAGUGUAUUGAAUUGGGGGAUGAUGAGGGGAGAGAGUGUAUUUAAUUGGGAAUGAUGAGGGGAGAGGGGGGCAGUGUAUUGAACUGAGGGAGGAUGAGGGGAGGCAUGGAGGGCAGUGUAUUAAAUUUGGGGAGGAUGAGGGGUGGGAGGGUAGUGUAUUGAAUUGGGGAGGGAGGGCAGUGUAUUGAAUUGAGGGAGGAUGAGGGGAGGGGGCCAGUGUAAUGAAUUGGGGAAGGAUGAGGGAAGGAGGACAGUUUAUUGAAUUGGAUAGGAUGAGGGGGAGGCAGUGUAUUGAAUUGGGGAAGGAUGAGGGGAGGGAGGGCAGUGUAUUGAAUUGAGGGAGGAUGAGGGGGGCAGUGUAAUGAAUUGGGGAAGGAUGAGGGGAGGGAGAGCAGUAUAUUGAAUGGGGGGAGGGCAGUGUAUUGAAUUGGGGGAAGAUGAGGGGAGGGGGGGCAAUGUAUUGAAUUGGGGGAGGAUGAGGGGAGAGACUGGGCAGUGUAUUCUGUACUUUUACUGUAUUGUGUACUCUCUGUCAAAUUAUGACUUCCAUGGAAAUCCCAAAUCCCUGAACCGAUCUGGGUGAUUUUUGGAUAUGUUGGUUACCCAGAUUGGGGUUAUCCGGGGAUGUGACGUUUGUGGGGUUUCCAUGUGUUUUGGGAAUACUUUCGGGAUAUUGUAAAAUAUAUGUUUUCUGUGCCUUGAGAUAAUUGAGUUUAGUGUAGUUCCUGACUCAAUUAUCUCCUUGGCACAGUGGAGGGAUUAUCUUAUUUUGUGUGGGAGUGUCCUGGACCUGAGAGCCAAUGUUUUACUGUAGUCUCCUCUCGGGUCCAGAGGGGAAUGCCCCUGAUAUAUAUAUAUAUAUAUAUAUAUAUAUAUAUAUAUAUAUCUCCAGAAACCCCUUGCAUGGGGAGUUGCAUAUAAGACUGCAUGUGGCUCCCAUUAAAUCAGUUUCUCUUCACCCUCAACAUAGAGCCUCGUCUCAUGGGAGGGAGGAUGAUGGGUACCAGUGUAUUGAAUUGGGGAAGGAUGAGGGGAGGGACGGCAGUGUAUUGAAUUGGGGAAGGAUGAGGGGAGGGAGGGCAGUGUAUUGAAUUGAAGGAGGAUGAGGGGUACCAGUGUAUUGAAUUGGGGAGGUUGAGGGGAGGGAGAACAUUAAAAUGAGGGGAGGGUGGGCAGUGUAUUGAAUUGAGGGAGGAUGAGGGGUACCAGUGUAUUAAAUUGGGGAGAUUGAGGGGAGGGAGAACAUUGUAUUAAAAUGAGGGAGGAUGAGGGGAGGCAGGGCAAUGUAUAGAAUUUGGGGAGGAUCAGGGAGAGAGGACAGUGUAUUGAAUUGGGGCCGGGGUGUAUUAAAUUGGUGGUAGGGAGUGGGGUGUAUUAAAUUAGGGGAGGGGGGAAGAAGGGCAGUAUAUUAAAUGUGUUAAUAGUCAUUAAGCUCAUAAAAGUAUUUUUUUAAGGUUUUGACUUUUUAAAUCUUAAGAUUUGUUUCCCCUCUACAUGCUGAACCCUAUGCCCCCCUACACAACAUCCUCAUAAAUACAUUCUAAAGACUUUUAUACACACACACACACACAGCAACCCCAACGCAAACUCUCUGUAGCCCCAUACACACUACAUACAUAUACAUAAACAUUAGAUACACAUAUACACACACUACAGCCCCUAGAUGCGCACACACACACACACACACACACACACACCUUCUAGACACACAAACUCUCUAUAGCCCCUAAACUCACAAACUACAGUUCAUAUACAAACACUACCCUGAAACACAAACUACAGCCCCUAUACAUAAAAUCGCACAUUACAGCUCCUGUAACCCGCUACAACCCCUAGAUACACCCACACGCACACAACAGUUCCGAUACACAUACAAGCACAGUACACUCUCUAGAAGUACUUCAAAUACACACACAGACACACACUCUCUAUAGCUCUAGACUCACACUUUACAUCCAGUGGAAACAUAUAAACACACUUCAGUCCACAACAGACUCCUUUAAACACAAACCACAGUCAAAGCUAUGCACACGCAAAUCUCACAAUCAGCUUCCAACCACAUACAGUGCCACAGAGAGCCUCCCCACAAAUUCCAACACCCUUAACUGGCCAUACCCCACUUUUGUCCUCUGUUAUCCCUUUUAUAGGGACACCAUAGACAAGUCACAAGCAAUCGCAGAGCUGUGAAAAAUAAACACAGGGCAUUGGUCCCAUGCAAGUGCUCUUCAACAGGGCUCUGCGCAUGAAAUGCCCUGGAGGGAUAGCAGAUUAGCAUACUCACUUUGAGGUGGUUUGCAUGUCAUUAUUGAUGACAUGAAACGCCCACUUUAUGUUCCUUCCCCCUCUAACCAGGCUGCUCUGCCUUUAAAGGCCCAAGCUGAAUUAUUUUCCCAGUCCGGCCCUGAUACAAAUCCAUAGGGUCCAUAGUCCACCAAUCCCCAAGAUAUUGCAGAUGCGAUUUACAUGACCUGAUUGGGAGUUGAGGCGUUGAGUUGAUAUCAAACAGGUCUGAUAAGGCUCCAUUGAUUCUUAAAGGACCACUAUAGUGCCAGGAAAACAUACUCGUUUUCCUGGCACUAUAGUGCCCUGAGGGUGCUAUGUUUAUUAAAAAAAUGGGUUAACCCUAGAAGGACCUGGUACCCAGACCACUUCAUUAAGCUGAAGUGGUCUGAGUGCCUAGAGUGGUCCUUUAAUCGUCCUAUCAGAUUGGAAUUUAAAGUGGAAUUCCAGGACAUAAAUUUCUGUCCCACGCCCACCUCCCGUAGUAUGCUUAACAUGAACUCCCAGUCCACAUUGUCAAACACUUUUACGGCAUCUGUGGACAGGAGUAGAACUGGUGGGCCACCGUGUCAAGCCAUUGCAAUUUGCUUCAUCCCGGACCUCCCUGCCCGAGAUGAACCCGGUUUGGUCCAGUUUAAUAGUGCCCUGCAACAGAGGGGAGAUGCAGUUGGCAAGGACCUUGAAAAGAAACUGGAGAUCAUUGUUCAACACAGAUGUCGGCCGGUAGCUCUGGCAAAGGGUCGGGUCCUUGCCGUCUUUGGGCAAAAGUGUAAUAUUAGUCCAAGUGAACUGUGGGAAUGAAAGUCCAUCUGUGUUCCCAUUUUGUUUGCCUGGACGGUAGUGAAUGGUGAAGUCGUAAGGCUGUAGGGCAAGACUCCACCGUAGCAGACGGGCAUUAUCUCCAGCGACCCAGUUGAGCCAGACUAGGGGGUUGUGGUCUGUGAUGAGAGUGAAGGCGCGGCCAUACAGAUAAGGGGUCAGUUUCUUGAGUGCCCAGACUAGGGCCAAACACUCUUUCUCAAUGGCCGCGUAGCUGACCUCCCUAGGCAAAAGAUUCCGACUCCGAUAAGCCACCGGGUGCUCCCCACCGUCUUCUCCGAUUUGGCUCAAAACUGCCCCUAGUCCAAACAUGGAAGCGUCUGUAUGGACGAUAAAGCGUUUGUUAGGAUCUGAGGCAGCCAAAACAGGGGCAUUGACAAGAGCUUGUUUUAGAGCUUGGAAAGCCACCUCACACUCCGGGAACCACAGGACCUGUCGGGGUAGCUUCUUUUUAGGUCGGGUACAAAACGCCUGUAACAUCUGUCCCUAGGAAGGUAUGGGGAGUGGGCCAGUUAGCAACGGCCUCGAUCUUAGCUGGCUCUGGUCGUUGCUUACCACAUCUAACAUGGUGCCCCAAAUAUUGCACCUCCGCCAUACCGAUGUGACACUUGUCAGGCUUCAAGGUCAAACCGGCACCCCUAAUCCUAUCUAUCACUGUCCCUAUGUGUUCUUGGUGAGCCUCCCAGGUGUCGCUAUAAAUAGCGAUGUCGUCCAGGUAUGCACAAGCAUAGUCCUGGAGACCAUUUAGGAGGCGGUCUACCAUCCUUUGGAAGGUGGCUGGAGCGUUCUUCAUCCCUAACGGCAUAACUCGAAAUUGGUCUAUCGCGAACGGGGUGAUGAAGGCUGACUUGGGGACAGCUUCUUCUGCUAGGGUGAUCUGCCAGUAUCCCUUGCAGAGGUCGAUAGUGGUCAGAUAUUUCCCUUUCGAUAUACGGUCGAGUAGUUCGUCUAUCCGGGGCAUCGGGUAGGCGUCUGUCACCGUUUUGUUGUUGAGCUGCCUGUAAUCGAAGGCCCAAUGACUCUCUGAGUGUUCUAUAACUCCUAGGUGAAGCAUCUCCUCUAUUUCCUUCCGCAUCCCGUCCUCAACAGCUUCGGGAAUGCGGUACGGGGGUUGUCUCAAGGGAGCCUGUCCUUGUGGACCGCUAACUGGGUAUACCCGGGUUCCUGGGAGAACGUGGUUUGUUUGGCUUCCAGCAGGUGGUUGGCUUGAGCCCGUUCGUAGGGUCCCCAGUUGGACUAACUCUAUAUUCCUCGUCUCCCCGUCACCCCCUAACAGGUCUGGUAAGGGUAAGGCUUCUGUGUCCUCCCCUGCUGGGGCACAUAUGGCCGUCACUUCUUCGGCCCUUUCUUUAUAGGCUUUGAGCAUACUGAUGUGAAACGUCCGUCUCACAUCCUCAUUCUCACAGCUAGCUAUGACGUAGGUGGUAUCGCACACCUGCCCAAUAACCUUAUACGGAUCCUGCCAGGCUGCCUGAGGCUUGUCUUUCCAGAUUGGCUUUAGAACCAUAACUUUUUGUCCAAUUUGAAAGCUCCGGUGCUUGGCUCUCCGGUCGUACCAUACUCUCUGGUGCCGCUGGGCCGCUUGGAGGUUUUCCCUAACUGUCUGAGCCAAUUCCUCCAUGCGGUCCCUCAGCUCCAGCACAUAGGGCACAAUCGGAGUCCCCUUUAUCUCUGUCUGGCCCUUCCAAUGAUAUUUAAUAAGGUCUAGGGUCCCCUCAUGCGCCUCCCGUACAACACCUCAAAGGGCGAAAAUCCCAUUGAUUCCUGGGGCACCUCCCGGUACGCAAAGAGGAGAUUCAUCAGGAAUCGCUCCCAGUCUCUGUAGGCGCCCGUGAACGUCUUCAGCAUCUGCUUCAGAGUCCCGUUAAAGCGCUCACAGAGACCGUUAGUCUGAGGAUGGUACGGGGAGCUGUUCAGGGGUUUAAUCCCACAAACCUUCCAAUACUGCUGAGUCAAUUCUGCAGUGAACUGCGUACUCCGGUCAGAUAAAAUCUCUUUGGGAAAUCCCACCCGAGAGAAGAUCUUGACCAGGGCAUCAGCCACAGUCUCAACGUGGAUGUUGGAGACAGCUACUGCCUCUGGGUAGUGGGUGGCGUAGUCCACUACGGUAAGUAUAUAGCGCUUACCGGAGUGGCUAGGCUGGGCUAGUGGAAUCUACCGCUACCUUCGUGAAGGGUUCCUCUAUGAUGGGCAUCAGGACCAUUUUGGCUUUAGAGUUGUCUCCCUUUUUUUAAAAUAUAUAGUAAUGGUGAAAUAUAUAAAUAAAAGAAAAGAAAGGGUAGUUCCACACAAUCACCAGCGACUAAUAUUGAGUGAGAGCUCACAAAUUGUAAUAGUGUGGACACUUACCCAGUCAAAAAAUAAAAAUAAUUAUAAUUAUGAAUAAAUAAACCACUGUUUAUUCGUCAGAAACAGUUAGAUAAUAGUUAUCAAAAAUACCAAAGAUAAUCUGGACCUGUUAUAUAAACAAUUAAAAACAAUAUCGCUAUCGUGAAACAAAUGUAACCACACAGCUCUAUAAUGAGUAAGGAAAUUAAGUGGUAAAAACACCCAGACUCUACGUAAAAAAUAACAAAGUGUCUGAGUGUUUCCCCACCCCAAACCCAGACACAAAUAUGUAUGCGGAUAUACUGUGAUAGAGAAAUAUAGACACAAUACCUCUCCUCGGUGUGGGCCCCCACCGAGGUAAAAAAAGGGGGCAGAGAGUCUAAAAAUAUAAUAAGGAAGAAUGCGGCACACUUUAUGUCCUUUAGAGUCGUUGACUGAUGCACCGCGGUCGGAGUCUUCGAAAAAGACCGCGGUGUGGAUCGAAAAUGUACCCCGACACAAUUAAGUAUAGCUUCAGAGGUAAAAUCCAACAAACAUAGCCAAACGAAGGAAAGACUGCCAAAAUAGAUGUAUACUUCCUGCUUUCACUCCAAAACAGCAAUCAAAUAACAGCAGGUCCAGAACUCAGCCUGUCUACGCGUUUCGUCCCUCCCACGGGACUUUAUGAAGACUCCCUUUUUACCUACUCUUUGGCACACCUCACAUGUCUGGCAAUAAUUCCAGACGUCAUCGGAUACCCCAAGCCAGAAAAAGUUCUGGGUUACCCGGUGUAACGUCCGGCGUAUCCCCAAAUGCCCUGCUAAUGGGACAUCAUGCCCUAUUAGCAACAACUCCCGCCGGUACUUCUUUGGGAUUACCAGCGUGCGUUUUUUGCCGGGGUCCGGGUGCGUUGACCCGGGACUCCGUAAGCCUGUACAACCGGCCACCCUCCCAGACUAGCUGCUCCCCUCCUAGUCCCCCUUGAUCUACCCUAGCCUUUUCCCUGUACUUUCUUAGUGAGUAGUCCCCCACUACUUCCCUCUCAAAAUCCUCUGGGGUAUCCCAGGGAAGGGGCUCUACAGUCAGGGGCGGGGUAGGUUGUCUUACCUGGGUCUCAGUAGGAGGCGGAUGGCUCUCGGCAGCACGGCUUUGGGCUCUGGUGGUUACGGCUUGAGCAUCGUGAGUAGGUGUGGGUAUGAAGGAGGAGGUUAGCGGCCCAAUGUCCUUUCCCAAUACGACCUCUGCUGGCAAUUCCUUCAUGACCCCCACAUUGACAUUGCUGGCUCCGGCACCCCAGUCUAGGUGGACCUUGGCAAUGGGAAUCCGAUAUAUAGCCCUCCUGGCUACUCGAACAGCAAUGGAUUACCCGGUCGUUCUGAAUUGUCGAUCAAGAGCCUCUGGACUAAAGUGAUGGUGGCUCCAGUGUCCCUAAGGCCUCGGGCAGUUUUCCCAUUGACCAUCACUAACUGACAAUGGUGUUUCUGGUUGUCAGUGAUGGUGGACUGGACCAGGUGGGUGUAGCGGAUUGCACCAGGCGACCCUACAAAAAUACUGUAUAAAGCUGCAUCCGUGUAUCUGCUGUAUUUUCUGUGUAUUGAAAAAGAAUUGUAUUCCUCUGAUUGUUCGGUAGUUUCAUUCCCUUAGUUUAUUCGAAUGAAACCAUCGAACAACCCGACCUCCCUGUGUGAAGUGUGUCCUCAAUUACCUGUUGCAACAUUGUUGCGAACGGGUAAUUGAACAGUAAGUAGCCGUCCUUUGUUCUCGGGGGUGGCCGCCAUUCGACAAACGAACACGUGGCGGCCCAUUUUAAAACUCCCGAACAGCGGUGUUUUGCCGUCGAGUGUCUGGAACUAAAAUCGGACACUCGAGUAGGCGAACACCGCUGAGACCUCCACAGCCCUGGUCCGUUCGGUUCCAAACUACCGAACGGCCCCUCGUUCGGUAAAUAGAGAAUACCGAGCGAGGGGAUUCAGGCGAACCCUCCCUAGCCUCUAUAGCUAGAGGCUUUCGUGUAUUUUAUUCCCUUAUGCCAGGACCGACCGCAAGGCCCAUUCACAUGGAACCGAAUUCGGCUAUCUCAGUUCGUGCGGUCGGUCAUUUUAUUCCCUCCAUACUUUUCCCGAACCCCUGGUCUGAUCUGGGUGAUUUUUGGAUAUGUUGUUCACCCAGAUCAGGGCUACCAGGGGAUGUAUGAUUUAAAGAGGUACCCCUACGUUUAGGGGUACAUCCAGAAAUGGGGGGAAUUGGUGUGCUGGCUAAGGGGAUUAUGAUGCUGGCUGAGGGGAGGGGAUGUGUGGGAGGUUACCAGGACAGGAUUGGCUACUGUAAUAAUUACUGUAAUCCCUCCCUUGCAUGGGAGCAUGCUUUAUAAGGAGACUGUGAUUAAAGGCUUGUCAGUUAUGCUCCUGAAACUGUGUGUCGUCCAGUUAUUGGGAUUGCUGUUGGGAUAUUGCUGUAUUUUACCUGCUGGAAACCCUGCCUUUGGAUUUACUAUUUACUUGUUCCUGAGUCUCACUUGGAUUAUAAGCGGAGAUAACCUGGGUACUAUUGCAUCUCCGCUACAGUGGGCUUCAUGGAGCUCCUCGUGGCUCAAUUCCCUGGCGUCCCAAGCAGUGGGUGCAGGGUAAUCCACGCAAUGUGCUGCUUCCCGGGGGUUGGAAAACCCAGGGCGAGUCCAGUUGGACCUGGGGGCUUCCAGGGGACAGUUGUUGCGCAGGUGCCCCAGUUACUUGCAGCGAAAACAGCGGGGCUCGUUGUUAGCUGGGCGUCCAGGGUCUGGUAUCUUGCUACUGCUGGUUGUGGUGGCGUCUCGGUCUGAAGAGGCUGAACCUGAGGUUUAGCACGCUCUGCCUUGCGGGCAUCAGUGUACUCAUCCACAAGUUUGGUUGCCUUGGGUAGGGAGAGGGGUCUGUGGUCUCUUACCAAGUCCUUGACGUCUGUCUGGAUAUGGUUAUAAAACUGUUCUAGUAGGAUAAGCUGCAAGAUGUCAUCUACAGUGGCUGCUUGGCAGCUUGUAAUCCAAUAGGAGGCUGAUAACUGUAAGUAGCAGGCCCAUUCUGUAUAGGGAUCCUUGUCCACUUAGCGAGAUUCCCAGAAUUUCCUGCGGUAUGCCUCAGGAGCGCCUCUUUUACCCGCUCAUAACUGUGGAUCUCCUGAUCUGAAACUGCCCUGAAGGCGUCGGCUGCUUUGCCAGUCAGCUUUCCUGCUAAUAUCUGGACCCAUUCGUCUGGAGCCACUUUGUGUAGAGCACACUGGCGCUCAAAAUCUGCCAGAUAGCCAUCAAUUUCGCUUUCUGUCUCAUUUAAACUUUUAAAAGCGCUGAAGGAAAUCUUCCGCGAUUUGACUAUGCUGUUACCCCCGUUCGGUGAAAUUGCUGCUGUUCGUUGGUUUUCAGCCAGCUUCAGUUGUAGCUUUCGCUGUUCCUUUGUGUUCGCAUUUUCAGUCACAUUGUUAAUCAUCUGGAUGAUGAUUUCAGGAGGUGGGUUUGGCCCGAACAGUGGCAGUCGUUCACUGAUCUCCCUGUUGAUCGAUGUUUCAUUUUCCCGAACGGUCGGUUUUGCCGCAGCCAAGUUCUCUCGGUCUAGCUCCAUUAAUUAGUUGAUUAUGCAGGAAAAAAGGAUGAUCCCGCCGCUGAUAACCAGUUGUGAUGGUCAGAAUAGUUAUUCCCGUCUGGUAUUUCCUCAUUCCAUGAAAUAAUAUCGCCAGUAAUCCAAAAGGUUCCAAUAUCGCUGGUGUCGCAUAAUAACCCACACGUGAGCCAAAGCUUAAUGCUGGGACAAGACUGGUUUAAUGGAAAAACAGGCAUCCAAUUUAUACACAUGACACCUCCUCUGAGCCAGCGAGAUAAUGGAGUUUUGGAAACAUGCUAAAAUCAAUUAUCUGCUAGCCAGAAAAAGUUAACAUUGUCACAAUUUUUUAGAAAUACCCCAAAAAUACAUAAAAACCCCACAAACAUCAUAUCCCUCGGUAGCUGAACUCUGUGGGAGAAACAUAUUAAAAUUUCAGCCAAAUCCGUUUGGUAGUUUUCGAAUGGAAACCAUGUUGAAGGUUGACAGGUCUACCACGAGGGUGAAGCCGAUAAACCAUUCCAGAAGAUUUGUGGCAAGAACCGGUCUCCGUUCGUGUAGAUUCAUAUGAAAACCGCAAUAGGUAAAAUAGAAAUGGUUCGUGUAGAAUGCUCCUGUCGUUCGUCGGUUUCAAACUCCCGAAAGCCGUUCGUCUACAGUGCUGGGGAAUAGAACAUAGGGGACUUCCAUAUAGACUGGGGUUCGUGCGAGUGCCAAAAAUGACCAAGUCCCACUGGCCACAUUCGGGAGACAAGAUGGCUGCCGUCCAUUGUUCUCACCACGUGCGUUCGUAUGCAAGAAAUGGCGGCCACCUAGGAGUAGUCAAUUAGUCUGCGGUUUCCGUAUUGCUACACAGUGUUCCAAGUUCGAAUUAGUCCCAGGGUGGUCUCAGUUCGGUAAAACAUAUGAUUUAACGAACGGACAUAAAAUAAAACAAAAAACUAAGGGAAGUAGAUAGCAGGGAGUGCAAAUCGCCGAAUGGUGCUGGGAAUUCCUUCACAAUAGUUGUGCAUUGCAUUGUUUGAGUAGGUUUGUCAGAAGGCAUUUGUUUCCAUGUCCAUGUUCGCGGAAGUGUUGAUAUGAGCGUUGUAUAUACUGGUGAGAAAGCUGGCUUCUCUUCAGAAGGAGUUCCGUAUUUGCAUUUUUUAUUCUUUUUUAUUGAGGCAUGGAAAGUACAAUACAGAAAGAAGAAAGGGCAGUUAUAUCUGUUGUAAAGGCAAUGCAUCCUAAGAUAUAGUACCAGCUGAGGCAAACCUAUCCACUUAAUACUAUUCCUUUAUAUCUAAUGGUUGUCCUAGAAAGGCUGUUUAAUUUAUGUUGUUUCAUGUUGUUCGCUUAAAAAGGAGAUAGAGGGCAUUCAUAUGCUAGUGGUGCGAAAGCCGCUAGCAUUCAUAUGGUAGUUUCACGAACAGUGACUUUCAACACUGUUCGUGAAACGAACAAGGUACCGAAUGGGAGACCACACACAGGAGGUCGUGUGGCUCCCAUUAACAGUUUGCAACAAUGUAUCGUUCCUCAGUUAAUUGAUUCGCGGGGUGGCCGCCGUUCGGAUACCGACCACGCGUCGGUGGCCAUCUUGGAUUCACUUUUAGCCCAGCGGUGUUUGGUCGUCGAGUGCCAGGAACUAAAAUCGGCUACUCGACGGCACGAACACCGCAGGACUUCCAGAUCGUUCUGGAACACCGGUCUUUCAGUAUUUUCCCUCAAACUGUGCAUUCGUGUCUUUUCUGAUGAGUUUAUAUUAAAGUGUAUUUCGUAUGGCAUUCGGCUAAUUGUGCUGGGAUCUGAGCGGUAGUUUCCUGAAGUAUGCGCUCAGAUCCCAGCUAUCUACCUAUAUGUAAUUCGGUCAAAUAGCACGAAUAACGUUCAAGUUAUAUAUUUUUAAGUAAAAAGGCCGGUUCUGCUGUACAGAGGGAUAAUCCACUUAUGGGAGUAUCCCUCUUGUACAGCAGUGCCUGGUGGGAAAAAUGUCCUGUAUGUUCAGUUCCCCAUGUAGUCCCUGUAACUGAUCACCUGGCACCCCAACUGGGUGUCUCUGUUGAUAGAUGCUCCUAGCGCUUCUUGAGGAUUCCAAGCACUCUAGCCGACACCACAACCACCGCAGGCCAAACCUCUCUUCCUUCAGAGCGAAGCAGGAACGAGCUCUUAAAAGAGCUUAGGAGUGAUUAUAGCAAGGGAAUAUGCAGAGCAUAGCAAUCCCUUGUAGCAGAUUCCCCCAAAAUGAGACAGGACUCCAAAUUGAGGGUGAAGUAGAACUGUCUAAAACUUUAUUUUACUUGGGACUAGUCCAUAUGGUCAUUACAUUAAAAUUGCUGUGAAAACUCAAUAAAAUUACAAACAGUCAAAUCAUAGCAGGCAACAUACAGUGACUUAUUAUAACAUAAUUACAUAUUUAUAAAUGGGUGGAGAACAUAAUUAACACAAAAUGACUCUCCUGCAUGCAGAAUUAGCAAUAUGCAAAUCUACCCGAAUAUGCAAAUUACCAGUCUUGCUAUUCAGGUAGUGCAUAUUACUGUUGCUACCAACAGAGGGCACUACACAAGCUCCAUAGUCAAAUCCACCUAGUUGGUAGCAAUCCUCAGCAGUACAGGAGAGCAGGCAUUACAUCCCAGGGGCCAUAGUCACAUGGCAGGAGGCUGGCAAUCAGUCUUCUCCAAUGCCCAGUGGCGAGGCUGGUUCCUCCACAGUCCCCUACUGUACAACCCCUGUAAAGUGAUUAAGGAAACCCCUUGCAUGAGGAACCACAUAAAUACUGGGACCUGUGAAUAAAAACCUCAGUUGACUCCCAGCACUGUGUUUCAUCCGGUUACUGGGGGAUUUGGGAUAUUGCCUUCAUUCAGGGCUUUUCUUGGAUUACUUUCUUUUACCAGCGGAGAUAUUGGGAUUUAAUAUUGCAGCUCCGCUACACCAGUGAUAGACAUCUGUGUGGCUGACCGCCAGUAUAUCGCCGCAACGGACUCCCUUUCCCAGUGUGACGUAGCUCUAUCAAGUAGUGAAAGUGAAUAUAGCUGGUAUAGCAUUACCCCCAUACAUUAUUCGAGACUGAAUGCUGGGAGUAGAUCUCUCUUUAUUUCAGGCAAGCACUCUCAAUUUAUAAACAGACCCCCAUCAGGGGGUCUCCAUACAGAAACACAGUAAACUCCUCCCUCUGUCUGAGAGAUAAUUGAGUCAGGAAACUAACUCCAUUAUCUCUCAGGUACAGGAAAACAUAAGCAACCAAUCUUACAACACCCCAAAAGUAACCCAAAAAUACAUGGAAAGAGUCCCAUCCCCGGAUAGCCCUGAUCUGAGCGCCCAACAUAUCUAAAAAGCGCUCCGAUUGGUUUGGUGGUUUGGAACUGCCAACGGGGUAAAGUUUUGACCGGUCGGCCACGAGAUAAAAGUUCCCACCAGUUCCAGGGAAAUGGUGGGAACAACUGGUCUCAGUUCGAGAGUUUCUGUAAGAAAAACCACACAAGAUAUCUGUAAUGGAUCCCAGUAUUCCAGCUGAGUACAUCCAUGUAGAAUCUCCCAAGUCUCAAGCGUCGUAGUGUUUAUAAGUGUGACUAUAACUCCCAAUGAAGGGGUAAAAUGAUCUGGUUAAUCCAGGCUCAAUGGCCUGCUUUUAUGCAUUACAAGGACACAGAAAACAUGCCCAUGACACUCCCACACAAAACAGGGUAAUCCCUCCCCUGUGCCUGGGAGAUAAUUGAGUCAGGAACUGUACAAACUCAAUUAUCUCCAGGCACAGAAAAGUUUACAAACACCCCAAAAGUACCUUCAAAACACAUGAAAACCCAUCCCCUGAUAGCCCCGAUCUUGGUGACCAACAUAUCCAAAAAUGACCCAGAUCGUCCUAGGGUUCGAGAUUUCCAUGGAAGUCAAUUAUUUGACCGACCACGCAUAUGGUCCUAUGUCCAAAACAGUUCCAUGAAAUCAGUGCUAGCGGUUUUUCAACUUUGGUAACAUAAAAACAAAUUGUGGUGAAAGUAACCUCGCCAUGGGCUCUUGGAGGGGCCUGCUGGCCAGCCUCUUGCCAAAAGACUAAGAGCCCUUUAAUCCCUUAAGGACCAAACUUCCAUGGAGAUCCCGAACCCCUGAACCAAUCUGGGUGAUUUUGGGAUAUGUUGGUCUCCCAGAUCAGGGCUAUCAGGAGAUGUGACUUUUGUGGGUGUUUCCAUGUGUUUUGGGGGUACUUUUGGGAGAUAAUUGAGUUUAGUGUAGUUCCUGACUCAAUUAUCUCCCAGGCACAGGGGAGGGAUUAUCUUGUUUUGUGUAGGAGUGUCCUGGACCUGAGAGCCAAUGUAAUCAUGUGUAUGUUUUUGCUGUAGUCUACUCUCCAGUGGGGAAUGCCCCUGAUAUAUAUAUAUAUAUAUAUAUAUAUAUAUAUAUCCAGAAACCCCUUGCAUGGGGAGUUGCAUAUAAGACUGCAUGUGGCUCCCAUUAAAUAAGUUCCUUUUCACCCUCAACAUAGAGCUUCGUCUCAUGUGUGGAGGGGACACUCUAGGGAUUGCUAUAAUCACUAUACUCCCUUGGAUUACAACACUUGUCCGCCACAUGAAGUUUAAACGGAUUCCCAAACUGAGGAAGAGAAUGGUUCCUGGGAAAGCAAAACAGGGGUUAAUAAGCCCAGAGGUGGUCCGCAGUUCGUGAAUUUGUUCGGGUCCAGAACAGUACAAAUAAAUCCCACAAACCAAGUCUUUUUACCAGCCUUUUCUAUGGUUCAGUCAGUUGGCCGGAGGCUAGCUUCCACACUCGUCCUGGGGAGGGGGCGUUCGUCACGAUAUCCAAUUGCUUUCACGUAGCGAAUGCUCCCCCAUUCGGUAAUUCAUAUCUCCCGAACGCAGUUCAAAUAGGUGGUCGGGAACUGGGACGCGGUGUUCAUGGAAUUGCUUACCUGAAAUGAGUUCCAGACACUCGAAGACCAGGUACAGCUAACUGCGUUCAGGAGACGAAAUGUCCGCCAUCCAUUCUGCCAUCCACGUGCCACCCAGGUAAGCAUUUAUUAAUUGUUUCCUUUGCGGUUUUGCACCUAAUAAUUUUUGUUCCAUGUUCGAAUGGGGUGCUGGGGUGGUCCUCAUUCGGGAACCGUACCAAGUGAGUUCGAACAACCAUGCGAACGGGGAUAAAAGGAAAUAGUACCGAUCCAAGUGAUAGGGCAUUCCUUCACAAUCUGGCUUUGCAAACUAGCAAUAACUAGGUCAGAGAUUCUGUCCAAAAUAGGUGAACUUAGGCUACACAAAUAAAAUUCAGGCAGUGCUACUUUGAGCAAAGUCCAGGAAGUAAGGCUAAGCACAAGAGUAUGAAUGAGAGUCAGUUGGCAGGCAUCAACCGAUACCAUAAUUACGGUUCAGUAGGAAUCCAGCACCGCUGCCAUGUAAGAUAUGCUGAAUGGUUUCACCGCAACCUCUGGACCUCACAUGGGCAGUUCUUAUGGCAUUAAAAUCGACAUGGCGGUGCACUGUCCUCACCUAUCCCCAAUUAAGUCUGUAAGUGAUGCCUUUACUUCAUCUCCAGAGAAAGGAGCCUUCUGGGCACUUGUAGAAAUUGUUGUGGAUGACUGGUGGGCUGACAGUCCAUCUUGGCUUUGUGCCAGAAUGAGUAGGACGUUGCGACUCCACCAGAAUCUUCCUCAGUCCCAGGCUUGGUAGGUGACCGUUGCCUCUGUCUUGCCUCAAUCCGUUCCCAAAAGGUCAAAGACUGCAGCAAGUCGGGACUCCCAUAGAGAUGUGUUCUUGUGGGGUCCCUGAGAUUGCAGGGGACAUUCUUUGGGGACAAUGGCGGUGUGGCGGGCUUCCUGUAGCUGGUAGCCAUAGAGGCGGGCAGCUUUCUGUAGCUGGGGCUCCCGGGUACAGAGGCUCAUGGGAUGAAAACCCCUUGUCACCAGAGGUGGGAAGCCCUGAGGAUGGGUGGCGGGAACAGGGGACAAAGGGACUGGAGCUCCAUUUCCGUCAGGAGACCCCUGGGAGGGGGAGGACCCUGAAAGGGAACAGGGGACAAAGGGACUAGGGUUCCGGAUCCAUUAUACGACCCCUGGAAGGGGACAUUGUCUUUAUGUGUGAUCCACCCCUUGCAUGGGGAAAAGUAUAAAGCAGAGUGUGGCCAAUAAAGUUGUUGUUGUACCCCUGGAACUGUGUGUCAUCCAGUUACUGGGCAGGGGCGUACCUAGAGCAUUUGGCACCUGGGGCUGGUCCUAUUUUUGGCACCCCCCCCUCAACUUUUAAUAUUAAAAACAUCCCAAUUUUUUUUUUUAAUGUAUUUAGCACUGAGCAGUGUUUGUGUGUCAUGCAUGCAUGCAUGUUUUUGUAUGGAGUAUAUGUGAGUGAAUGUAGCGGUGUGUUUGUAUGUAGUGUUGGCGUUUGAAUGCAAGCAUGCAUUUGUGUGUUGUGUAGUAUUUGAAUGUAGUGAUAUGUGUAGCGGAGAGGUAGUAUCAUUCACAAUAUCUCCAGUGGUAGACAGUAACAGCAUGUAGUAAUCCAGGUAAAACAAGUACAGCAUACAAUAAUCCCAGUAGCGUUAUACAGAUCCUUCCUUCCCAAGGGCUAGACGACACAUAGGCUGGGAGUCAACUGAGGUUUUAUUCACAAGCUCCAGUAUUUAUGUGGUUCCCCAUGCAAGGGGUUUCCUUACUGACUUUACAGGGGUUGUACAGUAGGGGACUACAUGGGGAACUUAACAAUCAGAGCAUUUCUCCCAACAUGCACUGCUGUACGAGAGGGAUACUGUCACUGUUAAGUGGAUUAUCCCUCCAUACAGCAGAACUGGCUUUUUACACAAAAAUCUAUAACUCUAAUAUUAUUCGUGCUAUUGUACCGAAUAACCGUUCGGCAGUUAGCUGGGGUCUGAGCACAUACUUUGUGAAAGUACCGCUCAGAUCCCAGCACAAUUAGCUGAACCCCGCACGAAAUACACUUGAACACAAAUUCUUCACAAAAGUCCCGAAUACACAUGCAGAGAUAAAAUACCGAAAGACCGGUGCUCCCGAACGGCCUGGAAGUCCAGCAGUAUUCGUGCCGUCGAGUAGCCGAUUUUAGGUCCAGGCACUCGACGACCAAACACCGCUGGGCUAACAAAGGAUCCAAGAUGGCCGCCGCGUGGUCGGUAUCCGAACAGCGGCCACCCUGAACAUCUAUUAACUGCCGACUGAUACUUUGUUGCGAUCCGUAAUGGGAGCCACACGACCUCUUGUGUGUGGUCUCCCAUUCGGUAGUUUGUUCGUUUCACGAACAGUGUUGAAAUUCACAGGUCAUGAAACUACUGUAUGAAUGCUGGUGGCUUUCGUGCCGCCAGCAUACGAAUGCUCUCGUUCACAUAAAAUACAGAAUAGGGAACAUGGACAGUUCAGGUAGUCUUAAAGCCACAAUAUCACAUACAUGUAAAUACAGUCUUAAGUGGGAAAUACAGUCUUAAGUGGCUAGGUUUGCCACAGUAUGGUUGUAUAUAAUGGUGGGGUUUGUAUGUAGUGUUGACGUUGAAAUGCAUGAGUGUAUUUGUGUGUAGUGUUGGCGAGAUUUUGAGAUGUCUGCACAUAUAUGGACAUACACACGUGCAGAUACAUAUACACACAAACACAGUCACACACAGAUACAUAUUGACACACAUGCAGACAUCGUGGCGACUCUAGAAACAAUAUAUAGGGGGGCACAUAAGAUACCACAGUCAAAACAGGAGGGGGAGAGGCAGCAGUAAAACUUCUAGCUAGGGGAUGGGGUAAUAUGCUGCCAUUGACUGUCUGAUGCCAGCAUGCUGGCAUCUGACUACACAUUUGCAUAUAAUUCACAUUAGCCACCCAGAUUUCUUGUUGUGGGCUGGCUGACACCUCUUCAUUUCAAUCUUUGUUUAGAUAACUCCUCUAUUUGCUAUCCUUUGUAGAAUUGCCAUAUUUAAGGACACCAAAUAAGGUGCUAUUUGCUAAACAGCACCCUCAUUUGGUAUCUUUAUGGAAAUCUCACAUACGGGCACCAAUUCAGGGAAUGAUCUACUAAACAGCUAAAGGAUUAAAAAAACGCACUUUUCUUAUUUUCAGUUGUUUAGUAGAUAAAUCCCUUAUUUGUUAUCCUUAUGUGAACACACACACACAAUCACACACAUAAUCACAGAUAUACACAAACACAAUCACUGACCCACACACAUACAAUUACAGACACACAAUCAUUACAUACAUACACACAUUUAAUAAUUAAGAGGUGCACCCAGCCUCCCUACCUUGCUCUAGAAGGGCUGGAGUUCAUCCUCAGUCCCUGGUGGUCAGUCGUUGCUGCUGGGAUCUCUGUGCUCUUCCUGCACAGGUCCAUCGCACGCCCCGUAAUGACGCUGAGGCCACGAUGACAUCAUAUCCUGGCUGCCGGCUCACUGCAGGGCGAAGACCAUCAGACACAGUCAGAUGCACACAGUCCCACACACAGUCACUCACACACAGUUACAGGCAGACAGUCAAACACGCAGGCAAUCACACAGGCAGACAGUCACACAUACACACACAGAUUCACAGACAGUCACACCCACAAUCACAGGCAGACAGUCACACAUUCACACAACACAAUCGCAGACAGUCACAGACAGUCUCUCACACACACACCCACAAUCACAGGCAGACAGUCACACACACAGAGUCACACAGACAAUCACAGGCAGUCACACACAAUCACAGGCAGACAGUCACACAUACACACAACACAAUCACAGACAGUCACACACACACACAAUCAGACAGUCACACACACACAUUCGGUAGUUCAUUCGUCUUUUAAGGAAUAUAAUCAGGAAACACACAAACAACCAGAGACUGGCAAACAAACAGACAAAAUAGUCUAAAAUAACAAUCCAGAGGCAGAGAGGUCUGCCACAGGUGGUAUUUGUCAAAGUAACAUCCACAUGACCAGGCAACCUUCUUGCAUUGCUCCAUGGUCCAAAUCUGAUACUCAGUUCCUCAUUGAAGGUGCUUUUGGCAGUAAACAGGUGUCCUCAUGGGGACUGUGACCGGACUGCACCUACACUGCCCCAUAAGUAGAAAACUGUGCUGCACUUCUUGUUUGAAUACCCUGUUUAGCAUUAUACGCAUUAGAAUGGUAAAGUUUAGCACUCUAUACAGUGGUUUGGUCCAGUUUAGUGCCUAUAACUGCUCCCAUUUUCAGUGCUGUCAUUCAAUGAAUGUCUAUAACUGCUCUCAUUCUACUGAUGUCAAUUGAUGAGUGUCUAACUGCUCUUUUUGUACUGAUGUUGCUCUUGUCUUACCCAGGUUUCCUUGGAGUCUCUUGUUGAGAUCACAGAGGAAUUCACAGUGGAAUCCUGCCCCCAAGAUUUUACACAUGCCCAAGUGUCAAGAGUACCGUCUACUGAGGACCAAACUAAGAAAGAAGAAGAGGAAACUGAAGAGACCCCCAAACAAACAACGACAACCCAAAGAUCUUUAACAGUUUUCCAACCUGUUCCUCCUCCGCCACAGUGCCAGAAAAUAAAAAGGCCAUACCGUCCACAUCGUGGGCCACUACGUUCAGCUGGUUUGAAGGAUAUCACUAAAUCUCUUGAGGAGACAGAGAAAGAAAUGUUCCUGAAGCAGCUACUUGAAAUAAAACAAGAAAAAAAGGCUGAUAAAAACAUCCUACUGCCACCCGCCCUCUACAACAUACUGAAGAUUCAGCUGGGAAGACCUCCGCAGAAAAAGGAUGUGAUGUAUGAUGAGGCAGGCAAUGUCCUUUCUGUGCCAAAGCUUGACCCAGCCAGACUUCCAAAGCACCAUGUACACCCUCAGGUUAUAAUGAUGGGCCCAACAAAGGAGUCUGAUGAAAAAGGAAGAAAACCCUUAGUUAAAUCUGGACCAUCAACCAGCAAGCAUCUAAAAGGGAGCAGGAGAACUAUAGAAAAAGACCUUGACCUGUCUUUGGGGGCCUUCCAGCACAUUCCUUCUUCCUCAAAUUCUGAGAAGCUUAAAGAGUGGCUGUCCAAACCGUACACCUUUUCCAGCAGCACACUAGCUGAGAGUACUAGAACCCCAAUCCCACUCUCAGAUGGGAUCCCUCUGGACACCAUGCAGCUGUCCCACGGGGUGAUCCUACGAGAGAGCAACAGCACAGAGCGAGGUUCUUUCCACAGCUUGAAGCUGAGGGAGCAGCUGUUGAGAGAAGAAGAAAGGAUGUUACAACCUAUCCAAGCCUCUGCCACUCUACCUACCAUAUCUGUAGACCAACUUAUCAGGAACCACAUCCCUGAGGUGCACCCUGUGCCUCAUUUAACAUCAUAUUAACUCACAGUGACUAACAUGAUGAUUGAGACUGACCAUGCUGUGGGUGAUCACCUCUAGGGGCAGCAAGCUUCUUUUUCAAUAAAAUCCACCCCUGUUCUUGAAAGGGUUUUAAUUUUUCCUAUAAAAGCAGGUUUUCAUAUGCACCGAUAUUUU